AUGAAGGCCUGGCGUCGUGGCGGCAGCGGGGUGGCCCUCUGUGGGCCGUGGCUCUGCCCGGGGACCCCGCUGAAAGCGGCGUCGCCCCACGGCCCGGCGUUUGUGUGGUGGAUCCUAGUGGCCCUCUGCCAGCUGGGCCCGGCCGGCGCAGCCAACUUGACCAUCGCCGUGGUGCUUCCAGAGCGCAACACCACGUACCCCUGGGCCUGGCCACGGGUGGCGCCCGCCAUACGGCUCGCCGUCCGCAAGGUCAACGCUCGGCCGGACCUGCUGCCCGGCUACACCGUCCAGCUGGUCUUCGGCACCAGCGAGGACGACCACGGCGUCUGCUCGGACAUCCUGGCGCCCAUGUCGGCCGUGGACCUUCAGAUGAGCGCCAACCCGGACCUGUUUGUGGGGCCCGGCUGCGUCUACACGGCGGCUCCUGUGGCCCGCUUCACCCGGCACUGGGGGCUGCCUCUGGUGACCGCCGGGGCCGAGGCCGUGGGCUUUGCCAACAAGGCCAGCGAGUACGCCUUGACCACCCGCACCGGGCCGAGCCACGGCAAGCUGGGCGAGUUUGCGGCCUACCUCAACCAGCACUUCAACUGGACGCGCCAUGCCAUGCUCCUCUACUGGGACAACAAAAACGACGACCGCCCCUGUUUCUUCGCCGUGGAGGGUCUGUACCUCAGGCUGCCAGCCUUGAUGAACAUGACGAUGGAGGACAUUCCUUUCCUGGGGGCAAACUACACCGCGCUGAUACGAGACAUCAAGCGAAAAGCCAGGAGUAAGUACAGAGUCUCUCGGCUAUAUCCUUGUUCCUCACCUGAGAUUUGAUUUUCGUACCUGUAGGACUCACCUGGCGCAUUGCGUCCACCUCAGAAGGCAAAGAGGUUCCUUGACAGUAUGGUGGAGUGGUUAGAGUGCGGGGACUGGGUUCGAAUCCCCGCUCCGCCAUGAAGCCCGCCGGGUGGGCCAGUUGCUAGGUCUCAGUCUGGCCUACCUCUCAGGGUUGUUGUCCGGGCAGAAUGGGGAGGGGGCAGAACGCCAUGCGCCGCCUCAAGCUCCUUCCUUGGGCAGGUGGGAAUGUAGUGACUGAAGAAAUCUCCACAUGCCCUCUUUUCGGUCUGUUCUGAGGGGAGCCCAAAAUCUUGGGUGAAGCUCUGGGCGCCUCUGUGUCCCGGACGCUCUGCUCCCUUGGUUGAGAGAUGGACUGCAGAGCCUUUUUCUCGGGAGUACCCAAAAUGAGUACCUCUGGGCAUGUGCAGAGACUGAGAACGUUCACAGCUGCUGGGAGCCCGGCUCCUUAGGGGGCACGUUCCUGUUUAGAAAUGGGUUUGCCAUUAUCUCCUCCCUACUUUAGCGAGUGCCCCCCCUCAAGUAAAUCAUUUUUUGCCACUACAGAUCCCCAUCAACAAAACAAAACUCCUUGCCCACCUCAGCCCCACUGAUUUUCCACCCCAGAUUUCCCUAUUCAAUCUCCCUUUCUCCAUUCGUGGGCAAGAAUUCUCACCCUGAGGCAAACACUUCAGGGACAGCGUUGGCAGAACUGAGCCAACUUCAACUGAGCCAAUUUUAAACACUUGUUUUCCCUGCUGGAUUUCCUACCUUCAACCCCCACCACCUCCAAGUUAAACAAUUUAGGGUUCCCUUUGUACAUUUCAUAAAAUCCCAGCCUCCUUCAAGGAGCUUGGAGCCGCUUGCAAAACCCAUACUCCACAUUAUCCUUGCACAACAGCUCUGUGAGGUAGGCUCAGGGACUCUGCUCCUCCAAUGCACCGGCUUAUUUUGGCGGAAUCCACUGCGCAGAUCCUUUCCCCAAUCCUUGGCUAGCUGGGUGGGGGUGGAACUGAACUUCCCCUGUGGUUGUUUCUUUAUUUUGAAGCAGACACGCUCGCUCUUUUUUCAUAAGCCUGGGCUGGCGUCCUGUCGGGUGGUGGAAUAGCUGAGGUUCAGCGAGGGGAGACCUGCAUAGCUCAAUGGCAGGGCCUUUCCCCUUGCAUACAGACGGUCGUGGGUUCAAUUCCCACAUCGCCUCCAGGAAUCAGAAGAUUCAGGGCAGGUAAAAUAAAGUCGUUAAACUGUGGAACUCCUUUCUGCAGGAGACAGCGAUGGGCAUCAAAGAGGUCUGGGCAAAUCCACAAAGCAGAAGGGCUAUUAGCCACGAUGGCUAUGCUCUGGUUAGAAGCAAUUACGCUUCUGAAAGCCAGUGGCCGGAAGCCUCAUUGGGGAUUUGGGUGGCGGCUGUGGAAACAGGGCGCUGGACUCGAUGGGCCCCUUUGCCCUGAUCCUUAUGUUCUUAAAGGAGCCUUUUAUUGGACUCAAAUUGCUGCUGCACCUAGCUCUCUGUAAUCCCUACACUGGCUGGCAGCAACUCUCAGGCAGGGAAUCUCUCCCAGCCCGGGUUGGCGAUGGCGGGGAUUGAACCUGGAACCUUCGGCAUGCAAGGGAGAAGCUUUGUCCCUGAGCCAUAUCCCUUCCCCGGCAGCCUUGCUCGGUAUAAAGUGUUUUCCUCUGUCCCCAAGCAGAGUAAUUAAUCCGGCCUCCCACGGGGGUCUCCUGCUGUCCCACUGCAGGAGGUAAGCAAGGAAGGAUUUUUCUCGGAAGAAAACAGCCUCUCCCUGCCUCUUAAAUGUGUGCAUGUUUAGCAUGCUGGUAUGAUUCCAUUUCAAGAACGCUGACCCCCUAUAAGAUGCAUCUGCUAUGGUAUUUGUGAGGUCGUUCUUUUCCCUAAACAGAAUCCGGCUUUGGGGCCACGCUCCUCUUUCGGCCAACAGCCUCCUCUGUCAUCUGAGCCUCUUUGGUAUUCAAAGGUAGACUGCCCCUGAAAAUUGAGGCUUUAUCUGGAGUCCACACUUAGCUAUGCAGGGUGAUGGAUGGAGGUGGGAACUGCCCUCCGUGGAUCUGCGCAUCUAAGUGUUUGCAGGGAAUGUUUGCCGAUUAGCUGCCGUUUGGGCAAGAACCCUGUUGCGUCCAAGAGGCUCGUGGUCGGGGGACGAAGGGGGCACCUCCACACACUCCCUCCUUGAAAAAAACCCUGAUUAUAAUCAGAGGUAGGUUGCUUCGAGGUUCACUUUGAGGUGACCCUGCCUGAUCUCUGCAAUUAGAUCUCCUCCCAGAAUGUGCCUAGUUAGUUAUAUACGCACAGACAUAUUGUGGCGGUGAGUUCCGUAAGUUAAACCUGCAUGGUGCACAUGCUUUUUGUCUGGCAAACCUGCGGAUAUUUCCAGCCCCGCCGUCAUUUGUUGAUGUUUCUGUUCUCAUUUUUUGGGGGGAUCUGAGCUCGCUGCUCUUAAUGAAGCCUCGCUUUUCCUUUUGUGACGGGUCUGGAUCUUCCUUUCCUGUUAAGCAGCUGGACGCACAAAUCCAGGAGCCCACGGCCUGCAGAUUGGAGGGCCAGCUUUGCUCUGACCUCUGUGUGCUUUUCCGCAUUGGGAGUGUGUGUGUUUGUGCGUUUCUGCAACUGCAUGGGAGUGUCGAGCCGUGGAAUAAAUAGGUGAGAGUAUUUUGGGUCCGGGGUGAGGGAACAGCUCACGGCUCACUGUGUGUUUAGCUCAGUUGCCGGUCCAAGGACAAGGUGUUUUUGUAAGUUCCUACAUGCCGAAAAACAGCAAACCGUGCGUGUUAACAAAUUUAUCUUCACAUGGGAGGAAGAGCAUUGCAGCCCAUGAGUUGAAGUGGGAGAGACUGAGGUAUUUCACUGCAAAACACACACACUCUCACCCAAAUAAUUCACUUAAAUCGCACGUAUACCGUGGUUCAUGUCUGUUUUCGGUAAUGGCUGGCGAAACCCAGCCAGAUGAGCAGGGUAGAAAUAAUAAGUUGUUGUUGUUGUUGUUGUGCAAGAACCCUGAACGGCAGGCCCUUGUUCUUAUUUAUCCCUGCAGUGGGGAUGGGGGAAAGGCCAUAAAAUCCACUUCGCUGCAGCCCCGUGGAAUGUUUUGUGUAUACAUGCUCUGCACUCCUUCACAACGACCCUGGAAGGUAGGCCAGCGCUGCUUAGUUUCAUCCCCGUUUUGCAGCAAGGGGAGUGGGCAACUGAACGGAGCUACAUGAGUGAAGUUGCAGCCAAGGUCAGAUUUGAACCAGUGAGUUUUCUGGCUCAUAGCUCAGGGACGUCACCGCUAUGCUUGAUGGUAACUUGUUGCUUUUUUUUUUUUUUUAAUUAUCCGUUGGUUAUAAAAAGAGGGCAGAGAAAGGGAUCGUGCAAGCUGCUUAGAGAUGUGUUUCUAUUUAGAUAUGUCCAGUCGGUCUGUGUGGCUCAGUGCUAGAGGACCUAGAUACCUGCAGAAAGUCCUGGGUUCGGCCUCUCUGCAAAGACUCUCUUGCCUGCCAGUGUAUACUUGCUUAGAUCUGACUUCUGGAAGGCAGCUCCCUACGUUGCUCUUGAAAGCAGUCUUUUUAUCCAACACCAUGAGGACUAGAAUCUUACUUAAGUAGGGGAACAGUUAUAGGUGGGUGAUAAGAUUCUUUGCCUGAGAGACAGACUCUUUGCCUGAAACCCCAGAGAGCUGCUGUCGGCCAGUGCAGGCAAUACUGAGUUAGAUAGGCCAUGGGUCUGACUCAAUAUAAGGCAGCUAGCUAUGUUCUUUAUACAGUGGUACCUCAGGUUAAGUACUUAAUUUGUUCUGGAGGUCCGUACUUAACCUGAAACUGUUCUUAACCUGAAGCACCACUUUAGCUAAUGGGGCCUCCCGCUGCUGCCACGCCGCCAUAGCACAAUUUCUGUUCUCAUCCUGAAGCAAAGCUCUUAACCUGAAGCGCUAUUUCUGGGUUAGCGGAGUCUGUAACCUGAAGCGGAUGUAACCUGAGGUACCACUGUAUAUAUUCUCCCCCCCCCAUUGUAUUUUACUAAAUUUCAACAUUUUAAACAUAUACAGUCCAAUGCACAACUGCAUUUUUUCCCUUUUAUUUUUGUCGACUUCCCACCACGCUUUCCAUGGAGCUGUUGUUUUCCCUCUGCUGCUGAACCCUGUAAAAGACUAUUAAAUCAUAACCACCAUUCUAUAAUCUAGUGGCUUCUGUUGCUCGUAGUUCAAAUCCUCGCAAAUUCAUCGUGCUGUAGUAUCUUAGCAGUCUGGUGGGGGAAAACAUCCAUUCUUCCACAAAACACUCAUCAAUGGAGUCUCUUAAUUUUGCUGUUGAUUUUGCUAAUUCCGCAUAGCCCGUUAUCUUGCUUAUUAGUUCUUCUUUAGUGGCGACUUCCUCCUUCCAUUUCUGCGCAUAAAGAAUCCAAGCUGCUGUUGUUACACAUAUAUUAAAAACUUUAAACUUUUUUUUUUCUGCCCCUAUAAUCCGCAGCUGGCUAUGUUCUAUCGAUCCAAAGGGACGUGCUGGGCUUUUCCAGCUAAAAAAUUACAUAAAAACUGAAGUGCUAGAGCGCUGCCUGCAAAGCACCUCUGCAACCUGCACUCUGCACGUGUUCUGGAGACCUGCUUCUUAGCCUCCCGUCCCAAAGCCACGGUGGGCGUUCGCUAAAGGGCUGUGCCUCAACUUUUAAGACCUUGGGGCGUUGUGCUGAAUCGCAUGACUGAUGAUCCCUGCUAUGGGUGAAAGUUAAUUUUUUUUAAAAGGUUGGCAGAUUUUGAGAACCGUGGGGGAAGAGGCUCUUUCCACCACCACCCCUCGCCCCUGCCGUCUGCCUGCCCCGGUUGCAAGAGCUGAGUUUUAAUAGCAACGGGGUCCUGACCUCAGAUGGGUGUUAACCGCAGCACGCCUGAUAACAGCUGGGAGAGGAACAGGGACGUCUCCGCAGCGGGGUGUGGGUUUUGGAAGGCGUUUGGGGUUUCGAAAGGGGCCUUGUUCGCGGAAGAGCUUGGCUCUGCUAUCUUACUUUUCCUGUCAAAGGUGGCGGGUGGAGUGGGGCUGCCCCAUAGCAGGAGGGUCAGGGAUUCUGGCCAAGGCAGGAGAGCUGUGCAGGGAGUAAACCUGACCCUGUGCUUAGCUCUGGCUGUCUGACUUCUCCCUCCUCUCCCAGAUUGGGGGUGGGUGGGCUUCAUUUGCCCUGGCACCUUUGCAUUUACUGUAUUUUUCGCUCUAUAAGACGCACCAGACCAUAGUUUUUGGAGGGGGAAACAAGAAAAAAAAUAUUCUGAAUCCCAGAUCUGGCUUCUGGGAUAGCUCUUGCUGUUCUGGCUUCUGGGAUAGCCGCGCGCAGCCUCUUCCGGACAGCGGGAUGAAGGCUCCCCCAAGAGCCGCACUCCCUUUAAAGAGCAUGCAGAGUAUGUGUGCGGCUCUUAGAGGGUUUUCCCCAAGGAGGGAGAAGGGCAGCCCCCAACGCACCACGGGGCUCUUUAAAGGGAGCGCUGAACAGAGCCUCCCGCCUGCAUUCGCUCCAUAAGACAAACACACAUUUCCCCUUACUUUUUAGGAGGGGGAAAGUGCGUCUUAUAGAGCGAAAAAUAUGGUAUAUCCCACGCCCUUUCCCCCUCCAAUCCUGGCGUAGCUCAGUUAGCAGAGCAUAAGACUCCUAUUUCCAUGGUUGUGGGUUCAAGCCAAAGAUUCGUGCACUGCUGCGGGUUGGACUUGAUGACCCUCAGGGGUCCCUCGACAAUUCUAUGAAUACUAAAUCCAGGACAUAAGAAGAGGCUGCUGGAUCAGGCCAAUGGCCCGUCUAGUCCGGCGUCCUCUCAUCACAGUGGCCAACCAGGUGCCCCAAUGGGAACCCACAAGCAGGACUCGAACACAGAACCCCUCUCCCCUCCGGAGGUUUCCAGCAACUGGUAUUCAGAAGCAUUAUUGCCCCCAACUGCGGAGGCAGAGCACAGCCAGCCUGGCUACCAGCCAUCCAUAGCCCUCAGCCGCCAUGAAUUUGCCUACAGCUCUUUUAAAGUCAUCUAGGUUGGUAGUCAAAGGGACGCGGGUGGCGCUGUGGUUUAAACCACAGAGCCUAGGGCUUGCCAAUCGGAAGGUCGGUGGUUCAAAUCCCCACGAUGGGGUGAGCUCCCGUUGUUCAGUCCCUGCUCCUGCCAACCUAGCUGUUCGAAAGCACGUCCAAGUGCAAGUAGAUAAAUAGGCACCGCUCCGGCGGGAAGGUAAAUGGCGUUUCUGUGCACUGCUCUGGUUCGCCAGAAGCGGCUUAGUCAUGCUGCCCACAUGACCCAGAAAAACUGUCUGCGGACAAAUGCCAGCUCCCUCAGCCAGUAAAGCGAGAUGAGUGCACAACCCCAGAGUCGUCCACGACUGGACCUAAAGGUAAAGGUAAAGGGACCCCUGACCGUUAGGUCCAGUUGUGGCUGACUCUGGGGUUGCGGCGCUCAUCUCGCUUUAUUGGCUGCCGCAUUCUGGAUUAGUUGUAGUUUCCGGGUCACCUUCAAAGGUGACACCUUCACAUAGAGCGCAUUGCAGUAGUCCAAGCGAGAACCGUCUUGCCCCAAAAUGGGAGCCUUUGGUGCCUAGCUUAUAAAUAUGAGUUUCUAGCACUGUUCCUGUCACAAUGCCUCUUAUUCGCUGUGGAUUGGGAGGUCUUGCACCACAGAGAUUCUUCCUCUUAAGUUACUGGACUUUUUGCCAUAAGUGGAGCAAUGGGGAAGCUGCGCUAGAAAGUGUGGGAUAUAAACUUGCUUUGAGGCAACCUCACCUCACCUCCCUGCCAACAAAUCAGAAUGAAACCUCCUUUGAAAGCUGAGCUCAUCCCAUCGCCCUGCUCAGAAAUGAAGGCGAUUGCUACAUAAAGAGGUUGUCUGGAAACGUCUGCUGUCCUGCAAAGAAUGGCUAUACCAGAUGCACAUUUACGCUUGCAGUUAAUUCCUGCUAGUAGGCUGCAUCUGGUUGGCCACUGUGAGAACAGGACGCAGGGCUAGAUCCAGCAGGUCUUGUGUGUGUUUGUGUGUGACAUUUUUUGAAAAGAACUGGGUAUGUUUAGCCUGCAGAAGAGAAGAUUUAAGAGGGGGCAUGGCAGCUGCCUUCAAACAAUGGGCUGUCUCUCUCACACAAGAGGCAUAGCAGAGAGAACGUAAACCGGGUCUUCCUGAUACUCAGAUCAGUGGUUGUUGCAAUUUGCAAUAAGAAGCCUGGUUCUGGUUUUCCUUCUGUGCCUCCUUGUUAAGUUGCAAAUGGAUGGAGAAGCGAAUGUGGCCGGAAAAAGGAAGAAAACAGGAUCUCCCAGCCGCAGGGGUGCAGACCAUUCAAAUAUGUCAGACCUGAGACCUCUACCAUGUACAGAGUUCCCUGGGAAGCGGGGGAUUGGCUGUAAAACUUUGGUAGCUUUGCGAGGGAAGACAGCGUCUCCCAAUAACUCUCUCUCCCCCUCUCUCUUUUUAAAAACAAUACUUUAUUGAAAUUUGUAUAUAACAUAGAUAAUGUACCCAUUCUUAAAUGAACAAAAAUAUAAACAGAACCGUAUAAACAAAAACCAUAUACGAAUAGUCUUCUAUAUGUUUACAAAAGAUUUAUGCUGUCUCUUCCCCCCCCCCAAUCUUUUUACUAGCAUAAAUUAAAAUAAAUGAGAAUAGACUUCCUAUCAUUUCCCGGUGCAUACUCUUUUUCUGAUGAUGAAUGUACCUAUCAUUAUUAGCUGACUCUUUCUAUAUUUUCUAAUACAUUCUUACAACAAUUCGUACCUUUUGUCUUGUUUCUUAUGGGCUACUUUAAACGAGGGUCAGUCGAAUUCUUCCAUAGACAUUAUACCACUGUUAUGGUUUUGUAGAUAUCUCUUAUAUUUAUCCCAUUUUUGAACAAACACUUGUCUUGUAUUACCUCUCAAACUGUUAGUCAAUUGCGCCAUUUCUGCAUAUUCCUGUAAUUUACAUUGCCAAUCCGAGAAUGUUGGAUCAUUUCCCCCUUUCCAGUUCAUUGCUACCAGGGUUCAAGCAUCCAUAGCAAACUAAAGCUCCCGGGAUUCUUUGGAAGCCGGGAGGGUCAAAGUGAUAUCUCAGUGCUCAGAGCCAGGGGAGUGGCGGUGGGACGACAAGGAGUGGUUAGAGGGAGAAAAGGGAGAAGACCGGGAGGAGGAGGUGUUGGAAUCUGAAGAGGCAACAGGCUUUUGUGAGCAGGGAGAGUGUGUGGCAUAGAGCAGUGCAGAAUCGGAGGCAGAAGCAGAGGCUGGAGAGGAGGGGGCCAAGAGGCCGAGUUGAGGCAGGCUGCCAAAGAAUCCAAGAGGUCUCCCCCUCCUGCGAUGGGCAGCUCUCCUCCUGCCCCCUGGUCUCCCAGGACCAGGAGAGGUAUGAAGAGGGCCGAGUACAGGCAGACAAGGCAUUGGAGUCUCAGAUUGCUUGGGAAGGAACUGGAGGAGGAGGAGACUUAGGGAGCUGGGGGAAGUCACAGUCCUCGCAACUCUACAGGGAAGAGCUGCUGCGCUCACUAGGCCUGGCCUCCAGAGCUGCUUUGUUUCUUUGAAUAAGAGGAGAACUUCCCUGGCACUGUGUGAGUUAUUGCUAACCUGGUCCUGACAACACGUAGCUUUGGAGCGUGCAGAACAAACUGCUCCUGAGUUUUCCCCACGCACCUUCUCCAAAGUGACCCCGGGAGCCCAUCCUCAGUGGCCGACUCCUUCCAUUCUGAUUGGCCCCAGCCAGCACAAAGGAUGAGAAGACUUCUCAGUGGCUUAAAAACUUCCCUUUUAUUCAGGAAACUGAGCCUAUCGCUCAGUUGGGUUGCAGGUUGUGUUGCUAGAAUUUGCCACAGCAUCUUCCAAGUGACCUCAUUUCCAUUUCAAAUUUUUCAAAUAUUCAUCCUUAUAGUUAAGUAUUUUUAUUUUACUUGAUUUGGAGGGGUAUGUGUGGAUAUGACCUGGACUUUUCACCUCUAGGGUGACCCUUUCUGUUUUGGGUUGGUUCCCUGCAACAAAGGGAGCCGGUGUGGUGUAGUGGUUAAGAGCAGUAGACUCGUAAUCUGGUGAACCGGGUUCGCUUCCCCGCUCCUCCACAUGCAGCUGCUGGCUGACCUUGGGCUAGUCAGACUUCUUUGAAGUAUCUCAGCCCCACUCAUCUCACAGAGUGUUUGUUGUGGGGGAGGAAGGGAAAGGAGACUGUUAGCCGCCUUGAGACUCCUUCAGGUAGUGAUAAAGCGGGAUAUCAAAUCCAAACUCUUCUUCUUCUUCAAAGGACACAUCCACACCAAACACGUAAUGCACAUUUAAAAGCACGCGUUUCCACUCUCCUGGAUCCCGGGAACCGUAGUUUAAGGGUGCUGGGAAUUGUAGCUCUGUGGCAAGGUACCCAGGAUUCUUUUGGGGGGAAGCCGUGUUCUUGGAAUGCACUGUGUGGAUGCGACCCAAAAUGGCUGGGAUCCCAGAGGUGCUUGUUUGGCCUUCCCCCUACCCCCCCCCCCAGCUCUGGCUCACUUCCACCCACACCCCCCUUUUUGCUCGAGAUUGUUUUCUCAGCCUGGUGUGGGUCUUUGUUGUUGUCUAGGGCGGCUGCUAUUUCUGGGGCUGCUCUGCGUUCCGUCAGGAAUGUUCCCCGGACUUUCUCACCGCCGAGGGAAAUGUAGAGCCGGUGCCUCCGGAACGGCAAUAAAACGGUUGGCUGGCGCUGCCAGGAAGGGCUCACGAGGCCUUCCUGUUCCUUAAAUGGGAGAUGAGUUGUAGCUCAGUGAAAGAGCACGUGCUUUGAGUGCAGAAUCCCCAGGCAGAGCUGGGAAUAUCCUGUAUGAAACCCUGGGCCGGGCUUCCUUAACCUCGGCCCUCCAGAUGUUUUGAGACUACAAUUCCCAUCAUCCCUGACCACUGGUCCUGCUAGCUAGGGAUCAUGGGAGUUGUAGGCCAAAAACAUCUGGAGGGCUGAGGUUGAGGAAGCCUGCCCUGGACAGUUGCUGCCACUCAGUGCAGUGUGUACACUAUUGAGCUGGAUCAUGGGUAGGCAAACUAAGGCCCAGGGGCUGGAACUGGCCCAAUCGCCUUCUAAAUCCGGCCCGUAGAUGAUCCGUGAAUCAGCGUGUUUUUACAUGAGUGGAAUGUGUCAUUUUAUUAAAAAUACACCUCUGGGUUAUUUGUGGGGCCUGCCUGGUGUUUUUACAUGAAUACAAUGUGUGCUUUUAUUUAAAAUGCAUCUCUGGGUUAUUUGUGGGGCAUAGGAAUUCGUUCAUCCCCCCCCCAUAUAGUCCGGCCCCCCACAAGGUCUGAGGGACAGUGGACCGGCCCCCUGCUGAAAAAGUUUGCUGACCCCUGAGAUGGAUGGACCAAAGGUCUGAACUGGAAUAAGGCAGCCUUCAUUGGUCCUAUGAACUAACAGGUGACCAUCAUCUACAGAAGCACAGGUCCCCACUUCUGAACUAACCCCAUAUUGCGAGCUUUGACCGGCAGGGUCUCUUCAGCAUCUCAGGCAGUCUUGUGCCAUCGAAGGCCUGUGGCCUACCAAGGGAUGGAGCUUGGUGGCACAUUGCCUGCCUUGCGUGCGGAAGGUCUCGGGUUCAAUAUCUCCGUUCUGAACAGCUGAUAACCUUGUGGAGGACACUCCAGGCUUCUUCUAAAGCUUAUCUUUAACCAGAAGAAGAACCAAAGCUCUCCAGUCUUCCCUGGAUAUAAAUAGACCUUAGCUUGUAAACUGCACCACCUAUCCCUGGGCCAAAGGUCAGUGCCGGGUAUGUGUGUGUGUCCCUCUUCUCUGAAUGCAUCUUGUGGAAGGCUGUCUUCCGCCAGUCGUUUUACUCUGCAAUCGUUCUGUUUCCCCACAUGUCUGGAGGCCAGAAGGACAUGUUGUUGUUGUGUUGUUGUUUGAAACGAACAGCAGAAAACGGGAGGGGCCACACUAGCGAUAUCCCCCACAUUUGAAUAUGGAUGGAUGGCGGCUAACAGAUUGAGGUUGAAUCCUGACAAGACAGAAGUACUGUUGUUGGGGGACAGGGGGUAAGCAGGUGUGGAGGACUCCCUGGUCCUGAAUGGGGCAACUGUGCCCCUGAAGGAGCAGGUGCGCAGCCUGGGAGUCAUUCUGGACUCACAGCUGUCCACGGAGGCGCAGGUCAAUUCUGUGUCCAGGGCGGCUGUCUACCAGCUCCAUCUGGUACGCAGGAUGAGACCCUACCUGCCCGCGGACUGCUUCGCCAGAGUGGUGCAUGCUCUGGUUAUCUCCCGCUUGGACUACCGCAAUGCGCUCUACGUGGGGCUACUUUUGAAGGUGACCCGGAAACUGCAACUAAUCCAGAAUGCGGCAGCUAGACUGGUGACAGGGAGCAGCCACUGAGACCACAUAACACCGUAUUGAAAGACCUACAUUGGCUCCAGGUUGUUUCCGAGCACAAUUCAAAGUGUUGGUGACCUUUAAAGCCCUAAACGGCCUCGGCCCAGUAUACCUGAAGGAGCGUCUACACCCCCAUCAUUCAGCCCAGACACUGAGGUCCAGCUCUGAGGGCCUUCUGGCAGUUCCCUCCCUGCGAGAAGUGAGGUUACAGGGAACCAGGCAGAGGGCCUUCUCGGUAGUGGCACCUGCCCUGUGGAACGCCCUCCCACCAGAUGUCAAAUAAAUAAACAACUAUCUGAUGUUUAGAAGACAUCUGAAGGCAGCCCUGUUUAGGGGAGUAUUUAAUGACUGAUGUUUUAAUGUACAGUGGUACCUUGGGUUAAGAACUUAAUUCGUUCCGGAGGUCCGUUCUUAACCUGAAACUGUUUUUAACCUGAGGUACCACUUUAGCUAAUGGGGCCUCCUGCUGCCGCUGCACGAUUUCUGUUCUCAUCCUGAAGCAAAGUUCUUAACCCGAGGUACUAUUUCUGGGUUAGUGGAGUCUGCAACCUGAAGCAUCUGUAGCCCGAGGUACCACUGUAUUUUUAAUCUUUUGUUGGAAGCUUCCCAGAGUGGCGGGGUAUAAAUGGGCGGGGUAUAAAUACUAAAUUAUUAUUGUGAAUAUCCCCAUGUCUCUGAAUGCACCCCAGUAAAGUGGAACGAUUGGUAUUAUUGCAUCAACUGCUAAAGUGGAAUGAUGUUUGGAAGGUGCAAGUCACUGGAGCAACAAGAGACAAGCCUGUACAAGACAUAAGAUACUUGAAGACAUCAUGUCUCUCUUUAAAACCUUCGAUUCUCCCGGCUAUUGAGCGCUGGGGUCUUCCCCUCCGGACAGUUUGCUAGUGCCCUCCUUAAAGUCCUGCAUUGCAUGGGGUCUGGCUAGAUGACCCCUGGGGGUCCCCCUUCCAACUCUACGAUUCGAUGUGGUGCCCACAGCUGGGCACAGCAAAUCCCAGAUGCAGCCUGAAAAGUGUAGCAUGAUUUAUUCUGUCUCUUAUAAGAAAAAAACCCUGCUCCUUUUCCCUUAUGGGGUACCCAAGAGCCUCUAUAGAGUCCUUAUGUAAGUUCUCUAUCGGGAGGAGAAAAUAACAGAGGCCAAGCAGAGAAUAUUGAGAAGCAAAGCGGCUAGUAAGCCUGAUCUUUAUUAAACUGUUGCAACAGGGUCCCCACUCACCACACGCAGGAGGGAGGAGGAACCCAGAACAAUGGUGUGCAAGCCCUUAUAUAGACUUGCGAAAUUGCCCACCCUCUAGCUCAAGACCACCUCCCCAAUACAUCAUACAUACAUCACAGAAGAGGCGGUCUACAGCAGAAAACCUGUCUGCCAGGGUACCUGAUAAUGGUCACUGAUUGUAUUACUUGGGCAAUCUGGUCAUUCUUUUGUGAUGGUAAACACUCAGUUCCUGAAUCCAGGUCACAGGCUCACCCUAUUCAUACACAGAUACGCCCUUAAGACAAGAUUUGUGAGCAAAGAGGCAAUGGGGAGGCUUUCCCAUUUCCUUCCUCCUUGCAGAAGAAUAUUUGAGAUCAAUUUGGAAGAGUCAAAAUGGCUCCACGAUUGUUCUCCUAUACUAUUUCAGACAAGUGGUUUAUAUUUUAUAUCUUAGACCUUAUAAUUCUCAUAACACUCUCCAAUAUUGUGUUUGGGUGCGACUGGAUUCUUCAAGCAGAGGUGCGUCAGACUGACUCGCCUUCAGGGGAAGGGGCUUCCCUGCUGUGUCUCUGUAUGUGUCACUGAUCUGGGCUGAAUCCCUGCUUGAGAACAGAGAUUCGGACCGAAAAUACUAAGUACCGUCGCUCCUCUGAGGCCCAGGUGUCCCCCAUUCUCCCACAUGAUUGCAUUUCAACAAAAAUGUUCUUUUUUAGAGCCAACAUGGAGUCAGUGUUAGAGCAGUGCUUCUCAAAGGGUGUGGCUGGGAAGAUUCAAGGACAAUCACAGAAACAUUUAAACAUUUCAGUGCAGUGUAGUAUAGUAUCAAUAUAAAUAUAUUUUUUAUUUGCAGAAUGUGGAGAGAUAUCUUUUGGAAACGAGAGCAUCAAAAGAUAUUUCAAGCUCACACCUCUCAUUGUAAGCAUGAUUAAGGUACUUAUGCAAGAGGCUCCUUUAUAAUUAUAUUUUGGGAAUGACUCGUGUUCUUGUGUAGCUGCGUCGCGUUAUCCUUUCUAGAUGUCCCAUGAUAAAGCAGAUUCCUGGACAAAAUUCCUGGACUAGACCAUGGGUAGGCAAACUAAGACCUGGGGCCCGGAUCCGGCCCAAUCGCCUUCUCAAUCCGGCCCACGGACGGUCCGGGCAUCAGUGUGUUUUUACACGAGUAGAAUGUGUCCUUUUAUUCAAAAUGCAUCUCCGGGUUAUUUGUGGGGCAUAGGAAUUCGUUCAUUCCCACCCCCCCAAAAAAAUAUAGUCCGGCUCCCCACAAAGUCUAAGGGACAGUGGACCGACCCCCUGCUGAAAAAGUUUGUUGACCCCUGGACUAGAUGACCCUUUCGGUCGGCCUUCCAACUCUUUUUUUUAAAAAAAUAUGUUUAUUAAAGAUUUUAUCGGUUUACAAAAGUACACACCUUCGAUUCUGUGCUUCUACGAUGCGAAAAGAGAACGCUGCUGCCGGCCUGAGUAGGCAGCACUAUGCGAGGUGGACCUGUGGCCCGACUCACAAGAAUAAGCCAAGUCACAGGAGCCCUUUCCCAACUGGGAGAAAAAAGGUGACAGGACUUUCUGUGCCCAACUGAAGGCGGAAGCAGUGGUGGCGAAGGGCAGGGUGUCCAGGGCUUAGCCUGCGCUCCUUUCACUAAUUUUCACCCUCUCUUGGGCCCCCGGCCAAGAGACAUCCUGUUAUUUUCCUGCUGAGCGUCCUUCCCGCCCGAACUCCCCCCCUUCCACCGGCUGCUGAGGUCAAGGGGCGCGUUCUGUCCACGGGGAGGGGUCACCGCCGCAAGCUUGGCCCCCCUGAGCCAGCGUUUUCCUGUUUUGCUGAGUCGCCGUUUCCUGAUCCUGGUCGGACAGAGCGUUUUUUUCAGAGUGUGGUUCAGUGACGAGGACUGGCCUCCAUCCUUAGGUGCCUUUGUCCAGGGCCCCAUCCCAAAGGGAGAAGGUGUGAUGGCCUGGGAUGUGGAUGCUGAACCUGAGGAAUCCCAGCCUACACAGGAUUCCCCGUGAAAUAUACUCAGAGUCGAGUGUGGAUUUCAUGCUCUUUAUUCAGCUCAUUGUAGUGAGGAAUGAAAGUUCCCCCAAGAUAUCUGCUUUAUAUACAGUGGUGCCCCGCAAGACGAAUGCCUCGCAAGACGAAAAACUCGCUAGACGAAAGGGUUUUGCGGUUUUUGAGCUGCUUCACAAGACGAAUUUCCCUAUGGGCUUGCUUCGCAAGACGAAAACAUCUUGCGUUUUUUGCAAGUUUGUUUCCUUUUUCUUAACACCGUUAAUACAGUUGCGACUUGACUUCGAGGAGCAACUCAUAGAACGCGGUGUGGUAGCCUUUUUUGAGGUUUUUGGUGAUUUUUGAAGCUUUUCCAAAACUUUCCCGACACCGUGCUUCGCAAGACGAAAAAAUCACAAGACGAAAAAACUCGCAGAAUAGAUUAAUUUCGUCUUGCGAGGCACCACUGUACAUUAUUUACACAGUGGGCCGCACGUGAUUGGCUAAUUCUGGGAUUCUCCUGUAGGCCAAUCAGGUUGUGGAUUCACUUCCACCUGGAGUUGGAUUGGGUGGCUCCUGCGGACCAAUCAUACUGCUGCAUUGUUCUAGGACCAAUCAGAUUGCUGCAUUCUUGACCUUAUUGUUCUAGGACCAAUCAGACUGCUGCCUUUUGGAUCCUAUUCAACUCAGUACAUAACACCCCGCCUCCAGAACCCGCUGAGCCAGGGCUGGGGCAUGAGCCUGAAGGGUCCUCACCUGUGCUGGAUCCUCAGGUGCAGGCACCAGCUGAGUCUGCUCUGGCUCCUGAGGUGAUGGAGGACCCAUUGCCUGCAGGUGCUCCACUCUCAGCCCCGUCAGAGGAAGCUGAGGUUUCCUCUAGGUCCGGUGACCCUCCAGCCUCUCCUGAGCUGCAGAGGCUCAGGGCAGAGAGGCGGAGGGAACUAAGUUCCUGCAGGAGGAGUGCUCGCCUCCAGGCCAGGAGAGGCGAGUCACCUGAGGAUCGGGGCCGCCCUGUACCUCGGGGCAGAUAAAAGCCAGCCAGACCCAGUCCCAAGUUGUGGAAGCAACAUUGUUGGUCGCCAGUUCCUGCCUGAACCCUGUCCUGCUUUCCUGCCUGAGCUCCUGACCCGCCCUGGCUCCCUGCUUGCAUGCCUGUUCCUGACUUCACCCGACUCCCUGCCCUGCACCCAGCUUCAGCUGCUACGGACUGCAUCCACGUUGCACCUUUGACCACAGACCGGACUUGGACCUCGCCUUUUGGCUAACCCAUGGGACCAGCACAGAAGGCAAAUUUGUGCAUAUUAGCACCCAUCUCAGUGGGUCUCUGGCCCCCUCCCUGAGACUCACCUGUUUCCCACUGCCAACUCCCCAAAUCUUUUCUCUCUCUGCUGUGGCCUGCAGGUUCAUUGACUCCGCAGUUGGUUCUCUUCCGGUGAUUUAUCAGCCCAUUUAUCCCUUAUCAGUCUAUUAUUAUUGUUAUUUAUUAUUAGAGGUUUUUUUCUUAACAGCGGCAACACAAAAGUUCCAACAUAACAAACAGAAGAGAAACCACGAAUUGAACAUUUUAGCCUCGCAGUCCGGAAGCGCAAAAGUACGAAAACACAGCGCAGCUCCAAAGGGAUAAUGAAGGAUUAACUCCUGCAAAGAUACCCUUAAAAAUUAAUAGCUAAAAAAAAACAAAAGUGUUUCCCCACCUGUGAGUUCCAUCUUUGCUGAGAAUAAAGGUUCUUUAUAGGUUUGCAUAGAUUGGUCGCCCAGAGCGAUCAUGAGCCUCAACAUUUUGUAGAAGAAAUAAAAUCAUAGCAUAUAUGGAAGGGGGAAAAUGUCAUUUCAGCUCUGUUCAGUUUGUCAGAUAUCUUUUCCAGCUGGGCAAUCUGCCAACCCCUUGAAUGCCAGCAAUCAAAAUCAUUAAUAUUAAAGCUCUCCCGGGAUUUGGCAAUACAGCCUUGUAAGAUAAGAGAAAUAAGUUAUUUGCUUUUCAGAUCUGUUUUCCAUAUACAGGUCCAGAUGCUGGGGUUCCAGGAUCCCAAAUUUUGCCCUCUUUUCUUGCCCUCAUGACAGGACAAUCCGGUUGAAGCUGGUAGCAGAGGUGUGCGGGAGAAUACCUUUCAGAGGCUGAAUGAGGGAACGCUGCUCAUGCAGAGAGGCAACAGGGAGACUCCCUUGAGGACUAGUGCCUUAUUAUUAUUUAUUCCAUUUAUAGGUAAAGGGACCCCUGACCAUUAGGUCCAGUCGUGGCCAACUCUGGGGUUGCGGCGCUCAUCUCGCUUUAUUGGCCGAGGGAGCCGGAUGAGAACAGAAAUCGUGCUCUGGCGGCACAGCAGCAGCAGGAGGCCCCAUUAGCUAAAGUGGUGCUUCAGGUUAAGAACAGUUUCAGGUUAAGUACGGACCUCCGGAACGAAUUAAGUACUUAACCUGAGGUACCACUGUAAUGGGUAUAGAAAUGGAUAGACUGGGGCAAAGCAGGUGUAAAAAUGCAUGAUGGCUUUGCUCUCAAUUCUUCCAAAUCCCAGAUUCUGGAAGCUGCAGGAGGGAGAAAAAUUGCUGCUGCUGUGCUUGGGUCUCGCUUCCCGGUUUCCCAUUGAGGCAGCUGGUUCAUUCAUUCAUUCAUUGUGUUUAUAUCCCAUCUUUUCCUCCAAGGAGUUCCAGGUUGAACCCACGUUUCUCCAUUGUUUAAUCCCCACAACAGCCUGGUGAGGUAGUGGCUGGCCCGCGGUCUCACCCUGUGAGCUGGGUGAGGGAUUUGAACCCGGGGUUCUCCCAGAUCCUAGUCUGACACUCCAACCACUACACCACGCUGUCUCUGGUUGGCCGCUGCAACUGAUGGGCCGUGGGCCUGAUCCUGCAGGGCUCUUCUCCUUAUGUUCUUGCAUUCGUGAAGAUAAAACGCUUCUUGCUGGAGGAAAUUGCUUGCCAAAAAUGUGUCUAUUUGGUCAAAAUUGCUUAGUGAUGUGUGUGUGUGUCUCCAGAGAUAUUUGUGCUGAAAUGUUGAUGAAUUUUCGGGGGGGGGGGCCCUUAAAAAUAAAUAAAUAAAUUGCAAACCCACGUGGCGUUGUGGAGAACAGAAAGCUGGGCAAACACGCCAUUCCUCCGAAGCACAUCCAAAAUACUUUCUUUCCCUCAAAGGAUUCUGGGCAAUGUAUACCUGAAGGAGCGUCUCCACCCCCAUUGUUCUGCCUGGACACUGAGGUCCAGCGCCGAGGGCCUUCUGGCGGUUCCCUCACUGCGAGAAGUGAGGUUAUAGGGAACCAGGCAGGGGGCCUUCUCGGUAGUGGCACCCACCCUGUGGAACGCCCUCCCACCAGAUGUCAAAGAGAAAAAUAACUAUCAAACUUUUAGAAGACAUCUGAAGGCAGCCCUGUUUAGGGAAGCUUUUAAUGUUUAAUAGGUUAUUGUAUUUUAGCGUUCUGUUGGAAGCCGCUCAGAGUGGUUGGGGAAACCCAGCCAGAUGGGUGGGGUAUAAAUAAAUUAUUAUUAAUAAUAAUAAUAAUAAUAAUAAUAAUAAUAAUAUGUAGUUUCACCCCCUCACAGUGUUCCAAUUCUCAGCAGCCCCUUAACAAACAGCAGUGCCCAGAAUUCUUUGAUGGGGGAAACAUUAUUUAAAAGUAUAGCAUGUAUGCAGCCUGAGACUAAGAAAAUGAGAAUCUUAAAUUGGAGAGGAUUCACCCACCCGCUAGGUUUGGGGGCCAGGAGGGGUGUGGCCUGGAGGAGAUUCCCAAGGGCCAGGUUUAGAGGUUUGGGGGGCCGCACUUGCCUCCUGGGUCUUCAGGUUCCUCUUCUGGAUUCGCCUGGCAAUAAUUUCGCUCGCCAAGUGCAAGAAGGAGGGAUUUGUAUCUGCUAGGUGGGGAAAUGUCAGGCGCUUGCCCUUUCACACGUCUUGCAGCAGCCGAGCUACAUUUCAAGCUGAAGAUAAGCUGUUGUAGAACAAUAACUUUCUCCCCCACCCCUUAGAAUAAGGGCGACUGACCUCUAGGUGUUUAAAUCACCCGCUGAAUAAUGCAUAGACUAUCUGUGGAGGCUGCCAAGAGGCUACUGGUUGAGGAGGCAGCAAGAUAUUUUGGUUUAUCAGGGUGGAGAAGGGCCUUCCUUGUUUCAAGAACCUCAAAAGACCCUGCUUUUGUCCAGCAUCCUGUUCUCACAACAGCCAUUGUGAUUCCCCUAUGAUUGAUGGAUUUAUUGCAUUUAGAUCCCACCUUUUCCUCCAAGGAUCUCAAAGUGGCCUAUAUGGUUUCCUGCCUCCUUAUUUAAUCCCUUCUCCAUUUAAUUCCCUGAAAGUGACCAACCUAAGGUCACACCCAGUGAGUUUUGUGGCCGAGCAGAGAUUUGAACUCUGGUCCUUGCCAGGUCCUAGUCUGAUGCUCUAACCACUAUACCACGCUGUACCAAGCAAGACCCGAGCCCAUAGACCCCUCUGCCCGCCUCUGAGCCCUGUCAACUGGCAGAGAGAGAACACACGUCAACAGCCUCGUUUUCGUUGGAGAAAGGUUGGCGGGUGCAAACGCGGUCGUGCUUUGAAAUGGCUUCCAUCCGCACUUGCAACUGCCGCAGGAAAAUUUGGGGUUGGCUUUUACAGCUCAACUCUCCACCAAGGAAUUCAGUGUCCCCUAAAUCAGUUAUCAGUCAGAGGAAAAUGAGUGGAGGCAGGAACCUGCAGAAGAAAAAGCAAGGCGGAUCUUUAGUUUUCUGUUGCAACAGAGGCCCCCUUGCAAGGAGGUGAGGACCCUGAACAAAGUUGUGCGAGAACUUUUAAAGAUUUUCGAAAUUCCCCAGCCCCUUAGCCAAAGGCCACCCAAAAGCACCACAGAAAGAGGUGAUGAAAUAAAACUGAAAUCUGAGAGUGUGGUUUGUCUCCUGUUGGUCAAGAUACAAUGGUCACUGCAUUACCUAGCCAGUCUGGGCCAUUCUUUGGAGAUGCUAAAUACUUCAGGUCACAGACUUACUCUAUUCCUACACAAAAGAUGCCCUUAAGACAGGAGCUGAAGGAUGUGUAAGUGAAAAGAACCAUUGGGAGAGAUUUUCCUAAGAUAUUUCCUUCUGCAGAGGAAAUAUUUGGGGUCAUUAAGAGUCAAGAUGGCUUUGGGAUUGCUGUUCUAUUUCAGACAUGUGGUUUAUGUACUUAUGGAUGUAUUCUUAAAGGUAAAGGUAAAGGGACCCCUGACCGUUAGGUCCAGUCGUGGCCGACUCUGGGGUUGCGGCGCUCAUCUCGCUUUACUGGCCUAGGGAGUCAUGUGGGUCAUGUGGCCAGCAUAACUAAGCCGUUCUGCCGAACCAGAGCAGCGCACGUAAAUGCCAUUUACCUUCCCGCCAGAGUGGUACCUAUUUAUCUACUAGCACUUUGACAUGCUUUCGAACGGCUAGGUGGGCAGAAGCUGUGCCAUUCAAAAAAGAAAUACGGUAACUAAAUUUAAAGAAUGAAAUGAAAUGAAAUAACCCAACAUGUUAGUGAUUUGCUUUCUCUCGUCCCAAAGCAGGGCUCCGCCUUUCACAUUUCCCACCCCGGUGUGUCGAGACGUCUUUGCGACCGCAGCGUCCGCCCUGCUCACAGCCUUACUUUCUCUGCCUUGCAGUCGUGUUCGUCUGCUGCGCCCCCGACAUCUUCCGCGAGCUCAUGGUCCACGCGCAUCGCGAGGGGCUUGCCGCGGGCGAAUACUCCUUCCUCUACAUCGACCUCUUUGGGGCGAGCCUGCAGGGCUCCACAUUCCCCGACCGGCAGCUUCCCUGGCGACGGGGCGACGGGAACGACACCGUUGCCCGCGAGGCCUACAAGGUAAGGCUCCCGUGCAGCCGUCAACGCCACCCCUGGCGGGCGGUCCUUUUCCCGCCGCACGUGGUUUGAGCUGAAACGAAUAUGCAUUUGUACGUAUUUGACAGAGUUUGUCCAUUGUUUCCCCCCCGCAGUGCGGACUUCUGGGUUGUAGGCAAUUAAGCCCCUCUCAGAGUGGAAACCCGCUGAGAUUAAUGGCCAUUUUGACACUGUACAUUUAAAGCGCUGCGAUGUCACUUUAAACCUGGGAAGAGGAAUCGAUUGUGAAGCCACCUCUGGAAAUUGUAGCUCUGUGAAGGGGAAUGGGGGAGUCUCCUAGCGACCCUCAGCACCCUUAACAAACUACAGCUCCCAGAAUUCUUGGGGGGAAGCCGUGGCAAUUAAGCCCCACUCAAAGUAGAGACCCAUUGAAAUUAAUGGACUUAACAUUCACACAUUCACACCAUGCACUUAAGAGUACUUUGAUAUCACUUUAAACAGCCAUUGCUCCUCCCUCAUUGAAUACUGGGAAUGGUAGUUUGUUAAAGGGCGCUGAGGGUUAUUAGGUGGCCCUUAUUCCCCUCACAGAGCUAUAGUUCCCAGAGUUCCCCGGGACUGAUUGAUAAACCGUGUUGGGAAUUGUAGUCUUUUAAUAGGCGGUGUGUGGAAAAUUCUGACUUUUCUUGGUGUGUGUUCAGUGUCAGGGUCCCAUCUGUUGCUCCACCCACUUUGCCUCUGGCCCCGCCCACCAUGGAAUGUGGCCCUCGGGGCCUCUCUAACUGGCCCUUGGGCCUCUGUGUGGCAUAUGCCCCACUCCCCAUGCCCAGGAAGGGAGACCUCUGGCUGAAUAUAGCCUUCAGUUACCCUGCCCACCACAGGCACGCGGCCCCUGGAAGGUCACCGAUGAGGGGAAGCGGCCCUCGGGCUGGGAAAAAAAGCCAAGCGACAGGCAGAAAUUCAACCGGGGAAGCUUGUUCCUGGCAACGGCAGGUGACAGGGAAAGCUGGACUUCUGGAACUUCUGCCAGUCAGGAAGCCGUUAAAAGGCGCGGAUGCUUUGCCAGGAAGCGGCCGCCGAGAGAGAAAGAGAGAAACGUGGCCGUUGUGCCAAGAACACCUGGCAGAGGAGGCCUUGCGGAGGUUGCUGUGCUUCCGUGGGGGAACUGCGAGUGCCUGGCGGGGAUCCCAGCGCCUUGGGAGCAUCAGGGACGGGCAUGACAAUGAGGCUUUGUGACGGACUUGGAAGCUGCCCUGAGGCCGAGGCGGGCGGAGGUUGGCAGCUGAGCUGGCCAUUGUCAAGAUUUGCCGGGGUCUCAAGUUACUAGGCCUCAGUUCUGCGCUUGGGAAUCACGACGCCCUCUCCAGGCACAGAAGGGAGCUGCGGUUCGGGCAGUAUCCUGCUUACAAGAGAAAAUUAAUCAAUCUUUAUUACGGUCCAGAGACCCAACAAAUCGUUACAAAGCAAUGCACAAUUCAGACAGCCUACCUCCAGGUUAAACAAGCAUUUUGUUCUGACUUAAAGAUAGGGAUCGUUGGUUCUUGCAACCACCAAUAAAAACUUCGCCACUGCUAAUGUUCUAGCGUUUGUCCGGUCUUCCAAUAGGAACCUGACAUAGUGAGCCUCUGAUUUUCCCGGGAAAAGUACCAGCAAGGGUAAUAUCAGUUCAGCCCUGGCUUGCUCGUAUUUCGCACAGUGCAGCAAAAUAUGUUUUAUAGAAUCGAUUUCUUGAGCACACGAGCAAAGUCUGUCCUGGUAGGGAACUCCUCUCAACCUGCCAAAGAGAAAAGAGUUGUGUGUAUCUGCACCUCAGAAUGAAGUUUCUGAGUUGGUCAAGCCUGGUUAGGAAUCUUGCAAGGCAGGCUUUGGGCCUUACAGCCGGUCUUAGGCAGUGCUUGAAACCAGGCAUUUAUUCCGAACAAUGAGGACUAGAACCUUACUUAAAUCAGGGGAACGACUAUAGCUCCUGCUUUGUGUGUAGGAGUCCCCAAGUAGGGCUGCGAAAGGCUCCCUGUGAGCUGCUGCCAGUCAGUGUAGGUAACCCUGCGCUAGCUGGAGCAACGGUCAGUCUGCGUGAGGCAACUUCCUAUGGGCACGAAGGCAAUGGAUUGUAUUCUCGGGCCUCGGCAAAUUCUUUAUUCUUCCUUCCUUCCUUCCUGCCACCCACCCACCCACCCAUUUAACUCCUGGAGUACUGGGUUUGAAUCCUACCCGGCAUCCCUGUUGUGCCUUUUUGGACUGGGACUCCCUCCCUGCACAAGAUCCCGUCGGAGGAGAGGGGCGCUGAGGGGGGUUUAGGGUGGAGGGAAAGGGCGAUGACUUUGGCCAGACCUGGCCGGCUUUGCUUUUCUCCGGCGUGAGAGGAAGGAAGCAAGAUAAUUCCCCCGGAGUAGCGGGCAAGUUAUAGGCUAUUAAUAGCCCAGGGAGCUGAGAGCCGACCUGAAUAUCUAUGGGGCGAGGGGCAGGAUUCAUUGCCUCUUAAUGCCUGUUGGCUUGGUGGUUGGGAGACACACAACUUUGUUUUCAAUCUGAGGGCCACAUUUAUGUCUGGGAAGCCUUCCGAGGGCCGCAUGGCAGAGGUGGGCAAGGCUAGCGGGGGAAGUGAGCAAGGCAACAGGUGGGAAUUUCACCUGUGGUUCGGUAGGGCUAAUUUCUACACACUUGCGCACCCCCCCUCACAAAAGGCAGGAUCUGAGUUUGAGGAGAGAGAGAGGCUUAGGGGGCCACUUUCAGCUGUUGGGUUCCAGGUUUUCCACCUCUGGCUUAGAAGGCUUUAAAAACAGAGGGGUUUCACAAACUGUGAAAAAGAUUCUAUGAGCUGAAUAAUGGAGACACUGUAUGUAUUUUCGCUUGUUUAUUUGUUUGGUAACACAAGAAAAUCCUUAAUACAAACUAGUUUUGAUUUUUGAAGCCCACUGUUAUAUCCAGCGUUAAACCCAAUUAAAUUAACAGCCAUGACUACCUUAAAAGGUAAAGGGACCCCUGACCAUUAGGUCCAGUCGUGGCUGACUCUGGGAUUGUGGCACUCAUCUCGCUUUUUUGGCCGAGGGAGCCGGCGUACAGCUUUCGGGUCAUGUGGCCAGCAUGACUAAGCCGCUUCUGGCGAACCAGAGCAGCGCACAGAAACGCUGUUUACCUUCCCGCUGGAGCAGUACCUAUUUAUCUACUUGCACUUUGACGUGCUUUCGAACUGCUAGAUGGGCAGAAGCAGGGACUGAACAACGGGAGCUCACCCCGUCGCGGGGAUUCGAACCACCGACCUUCUGAUCAGCAAGUCCUAGGCUCUGUGAUUUAACCCACAGUGCCACCUGCAUCCCUUCUAUGACUACCUUGUUAGAGGUAAAGGUACCCCUGCCCGUACGGGCCAGUCAUGUCUGACUCUAGGGUUGUGCGCCCAUCUCACUUAAGAGGCCAGGGGCCAGCGCUGUCCAGAGACACUUCCGGGUCACGUGGCCAGCGUGACAAAGCUGCAUCUGGCGAGCCAGCGCAGCACACGGAAACGCCGUUUACCUUCCCGCCAGUAAGCGGUCCUUAUUUAUCUACUUGCACCUGGGGGUGCUUUCGAACUGCUAGGUUGGCAGGCGCUGGGACCGAGCAACGGGAGCGCACCCUGCCGCGGGGAUUCGAACCGCCGACCUUUCGAUCGGCAAUCCUAGGCACUGAGGCUUUUACCCACAGCGCCACCCACGUCCCUACGACUACCUUAGGCUCAUGAAAUUCAGGGGGUCUACCCUGAGUAUAACUUAGUUUGACACAACCUCGAAUGGCCACAGCUUUGCCACCCCUGGGUUAGACUGUUGGUUUCUUGAAACGAGGGGCUUAAGGUAUGUUCAUGAAGGUCUCUCAAUUGCUAUAAAGCAAAAUAGCUAAGUGGAAACUCCAUAGACAGGAGCAGUGUAACUCCAAGGACCUGAUUUUUGGGGGUGAAUCACAGAGGGAGGGCUGUUCCCAUCGCCCCUGCUUCCGAACUUCCAAGAGGAGAUUCCAACUAAACAUUAGGGAGAACUUACUGAAGGCAAGAGCUGUUUUACGAUGAACAGAUGGCGGCGGACUAUCCUUCGUUGGAGGUUAUUAAACAGAGGCUGGGUGGCCGACAGUCAGGGGGGUUCCUUAGCUGUGAUUCCUGCAUUGUUGGUCCCUACUGUUCUGUGAUGAUUCCAAGUGAUUUUGAGCGCACGCCUCCCUCUCACCCUCUGCGCAGGCCGUCAUGAUCAUCACGUACGCAGAGCCCACCAACCCGGAAUACAGGCCGUUCCUGCAGGAGGUCAAGGAAGGGGCUCAAGCGCAGUUCAAUUUCACCAUGGAAGACGGGCUGGUAAGGAAGCAGCGAUGGUAGAUUUGCCCUCCCGGCUCCCCACACCAGGCAAAGAGGGUCUGGGGGAGGCCUAUUGACUGGGAAUGCCUGCCUAGCAAUCCAUUAUUUUGCAACGGUGCGUGUUUUUGUUAUUCAUUUAUUUAAAUCAAUGCUCUGCCUUUUCCUCCAAGGGGGUGGCGUAUGUGGUUUCCCCCUCCCCGUUUCAUCCUCAGAACAGCCCUGUGAAGUUGUUGUUGUUUAGUCGUUUAGUCGUGUCCGACUCUUCGUGACCCCAUGGGCCAGAGCACGCCAGGCACUCCUGUCUUCCACUGCCUCCCGCAGUUUGGUCAAACUCAUGCUGGUAGCUUCAAGAACACUGUCCAACCAUCUCGUCCUCUGCCGUCCCCUUCUCCUUGUGCCCUCCAUCUUUCCCAACAUCAGGGUCUUUCCCAGGGAGUCUUCUCUUCUCAUGAGGUGGCCAAAGUCUUGGAGCCUCAGCUUCAGGAUCUGUCCUUCCAGUGAGCACUCAGGGCUGAUUUCCCUAAGAAUGGAUCGGUUUGAUCUUCUUGCAGUCCAUGGGACUCUCAAGAGUCUCCUCCAGCACCAUAAUUCAAAAGCAUCAAUUCUUCGGCGAUCAGCCUUCUUGAUGGUCCAGCUCUCACUUCCAUACAUCACUACUGGGAAAACCAUAGCUUUAACUAUACGGACCUUUGUUGGCAAGGUGAUGUCUCUGCUUUUUAAGAUGCUGUCUAGGUUUUUCAUUGCUUUUCUCCCAAGAAGCAGGCGUCUUUUAAUUUCGCGACUGCUGUCACCACGUGCAGUGAUCAUGGAGCCCAAGAAAGUAAAAUCUCUCACUGCCUCCAUUUCUUCCCCUUCUAAGAGAGCUUCAUGCCCAAGGUCACACCCAGCAAAAUUCACGCAGCCAAGCGGGAUUCGAACCCUGGCCACUCCUGGGUUCUAGUACAGCACUCUAACCGCUACACUGCAUUCCGUGUGAAAAAAGGACAUUUCAGAGAUUUCCGUAUUAAGGUGACGGUCGCACCCAUUGACCCACCUGCACUGACCUCCCCCGUCACCCACUUCCACCUCUGGCCCAUCCACCGAAGGCAUGUGGCCCCCAGAAAGUUGCCCCGGAGGGGAUUUGGCCCUCGGGCUGGGAUGAAACGGUGUCUCUCAACUUCAGAGGGGAAGCAAAGUUGUAGGAAACAGGUUUGACCUCUGGGUAAACAAGCCAAGAAAUGUCUCCGAGUUGAGCUGCACGGUUCUCCGCUCCCCAUUUUAUCCUCUGUGAGGUAGGCCAGGGCCCGUGAGCUACGCACCCUGCUCCCUCCCACGUCCUACUCCAGCACUCUAACCACUAGGCCAGGGGUCAGCAAGCUUUUACAGCAGGGGGCCGGUCCACUGUCCCUCAGACUUUGUUGGGGGCCAGACUAUAUUUUUUGGGGAAAGAGCCAGUGUGGCGUAGUGGUUAAGAGCGGUAGUCUCGAGGCGGAAAUGACUGGCAGAAUCCGAGACCAGGGAGAAGAGUCGGUGGAAGAAGAUUGGAAAAAAUUUAAAGACUAUCUACAGAAAUAUUGUAAAAUUAAUGAAUGUUAGAAAAAUGUUGGAAUGAAGUUAUAUGGCUUUAGUAGAAAUGUUAUAAGGAAUUAAGUACAGAUAGGUUAAUGGAGUAUUAAAGGAAAAAUAAGGUUAGAAUGAGUUAAGAUAAAUAUAGGAUAGAAAGCAGAGGAAGAUGGAAAGGAAUUGCUGAAAUAAUUAAUAGAAGUGGAAUACAAAGAGGGAGGUGUGAGGAGGUCGUGGAAAUAAGUGAAUGAAAGAUGGGGUAAUGAAAUUGUUUGAUUUAUUUUAUUGUUUUUGUUUUGUUUUGUUAGUUUGAUGUGUUGUAUUGUAUUGUCUUUUUAGUGUUUAAGUUUUUGGAAAAAUAAUAAAUAUUUUUUUUAAAAAAAAAAAAGAGCGGUAGUCUCGUAAUCUGGUGAACCGGGUUCGCUUCCCCGCUCCUCCACAUGCAGCUGCUGGGUGACCUUGGGCCAGUCACACUUCUUUGAAGUCUCUCAGCCCCACUCACCUCACAGAGUGUUUGUUGUGGGGGAGGAAGGGAAAGGAGAAUUUUAGCCGCUUUGAGACUCCUUAAAGGGAGUGAAAGGCGGGAUAUCAAAUCCAAACUCCUCUUCUUCUUCUUCUUCUUCUUCUUCUUCUUCUUCUUCUUCUUCUUCUUCUUCUUCUUCCGGGGGGGGGGAAUGAACAAAUUCCUGUGCCCCACAAAUAACCCAGAGAGGCAUUUUAAAUAAAAGGGCACAUUCUACUCAUGUAAAAACACCAGGCAGGCCCCACAGAUAACCCAGAGAUGCAUUUAAAUAAAAGGACACAUUCUACUCAUGUAAAAACACGCUGAUUCCCAGAACGUCCACGGGCCAGAUUUAGAAGGCGAUUGGGCCGGAUCCUGCCCCCCAGGCCUUCGUUUGCCUACCCAGGCACUAGGCCGUUACUGGCUCUCCAUUGUUAUAAACCACGCCGGCACCCUGUUUAUUAUAAACCGAACCCCCCCCCAAACAUUUUGACCCAAAUACCGCAGUCCCACAGUGAGCAGAGGUACGUGCCCCAUUGAUUUUAACCUCGCCGAUGAGUUGGCAUUCUGAAGUUGGUGCUGUGCCCGGAAAGGACCCCCUCCUGGUCUGGUGGCACCCGCCCUGUUCCCCCCCCCCCCCGGGCUGAGUGACGCAGAGGCAAAUCUAACUGGCUUGGCCGUCUUGCUUUCCAGAAAAACUUCAUCGCUGCUGCCUUUCACGACGGAGUGAUGCUCUACGCUCAAGCAGCCAGUGAGAUGCUGGAGCAGGAGGGAUCCUUCUCCAACGCCACCUUGACCACCCGCCAGAUGCAAAACCGGACUUUUUAUGGUCAGUACCUCUCAUCCCUCCCAGGUUUCGUGCUGUUGGUUUUUUUUGUUUUUGUUUUAAAUGUUUCCCCCCUUUUUUUGUCCUCCCAACAACCCUGUGAGGUAGGCUUGGCUGAGAGGAAGGGACUUUGCCCCCAAGGUGAGUUCCGUGGCUGAGUGGGGAUUCGAACCCUGGCCUCUCCCAGGUCCUGGUCUAAACUUGGGUCUCCAGCUGUUGUUGGACUACAGCUCCCAUCAUUCCUAGCUAGGAGGACAAGUGGAUCAGGGAGGAUGGGAAUUGUAGUCCAAAAACAGCCAGAGGCCCAAGUUUAGGAAACCCUGCUCUAACUAACUGUUAUGCCACAAAAAAAUGGUUGCUGGGCAGGGACUGUAGUUCAGCGGUAGAACUCCCGUUUCGCAUGCAGAGGGGUCGUGGGUUCGAUCCCCGCCAUCUCCUGUUAAAGAUUCAGGGUGGAUGAAAGAAAGUCCUUCUCAGUGCAGCACAUAGCUGACCCGUGGAACUCGCUGCCACAAGAUGUAGUCAGGAUGGCCACCAGCCUGGACGGCUUUAAAAGAGGAUUGGAGAAAUCCGUGGAGGAGAUCCGUGGUCAGAGGCAGAAAUGUUUCUGAAUUCCAGUUACUGGAAACCACAGGAGGGGAGAAGGCAUUCGUGGUCCAAUCCUGCUCAGGGGUUUCCUGUAGGCAUCGGGUGGAUGGCCGGACUAGAAGGGCCAUUGCCCUGAUCCAGCGGACUCUCCUUAUGUUAUUGUGUAGAGCCAUUAAUUUCAGUGGGUCUCCUCUGAGUAGAACGUAGUCAAACACAACCUCAUACAUUUAAAGCACAUGACUUCCUCCGGAAGAAUCCUGGGAGCUGUAGUUUGUAGGGUGCUGGGAACUGUAGCUCUGCGAGAGGGGAACUGCAUUUCCCAGCAUCCUUUGUGGGAAGCUACAUAGUUUAAAUGUAUGGCGCGGGUGCGACCACAUUGCCUGCUGCAGCCAGGAAGUCCCAUCCAUCCAGCCUUGGUGCUUUUCCUUUUGAAAGAAAGACCAAGUCAGAAGAAACGUGAAGGUUUUAGAACAAAGGUUGGAUGUUUCAGGAUGUGCUCAGAGUAGACCCAUUGAGAUGCGUGUGGCAGAUAUGUUCACCUCUCCUCAAGGACCAGUGUGGGAUUCCUGUUUUUCCUCCUCUCCUUCCUUCUUUCGGCAGGGGUCACAGGGACCCUGAAGAUCGACGAGAGCGGCGACCGGGAGAUGGAUUUUUCCCUCUGGGACAUGAACCCGACAGAGGGGGAGUUUGAGGUUUGCUCCUUUUGUUGCUUGUCUGUCUGUUCUCUCCACUCCCCACAACAUGUAUUCAAAGGUAGACCCCUCCCUGAACGUGGGGGCAUCAUGGGUAAGCGCCAGUGAUGAGACCCCUCACCCACAGAAAUCCCCCGUCUCCUUUUCAGAGCCAUUUAAACCAGUGAUCGUCACCAUGCCCUUGUGGCAGUGAGUUCCACUGGUGGGGCAGGCUGUGUGAAGAAGCUCAUCAACGCUGUCAGACUUGAAGACCUUAACCCACGUCCAUAGAGCAGGGGUCCUCCAUCAUGGGGAACGAAUGUGGCCCCGCAGCCUCUUUAUUUGGCCCCCAGGACUCUUCCCCAACCCCACUCUGGAGGCUGCGUCCUUUAUCAUUCCUGCUUUGUGCAGUCCCUCCUUGGGUACUUUUGCCUCUCUGGAAUUUGUCCUUCAACUCUGACCAUGCCCUUUGCUUGCCUGGAUAGAGGAUGCAGAGGUGUGUUUGUGUGUUUGAGUUUGUUUUGAAGUUUAUUUUUAAAUUUCAAAAGUUUUCAAGACGAUACAUACUUCCAAGUAUACAUCCAUUUCACGUUUGAGUUCCCCUCAACCCCUCCGUGGAUUCCCCUGCAGUUUCUAAAUUUGCUGCAUAUUAUAAAUAUUCUAUGCUUUAUCUUUUCCACACUGUACCCCAACAAGUAUUCAACUGCUGUUAUUCAUUCAAAUCCUACUGAAAUAUACUCGGAGUCGAGAGUGGAUUUCAUGCUCUUUAUUCAGCUCAUAGUGGUGAGGAGGAAUGGAAGUUCCCCCAGAAUGUCUGCUUUAUAUACAUUAUUUACACAAUGGGCCCCACGUGAUUGGCUAGUUCCGGGAUUCUCCUGUAGGCCAAUCAGGUUGUGGAUUCACUUCUACCUGGAGCUCGAUUGGGUGGCUCCUGUGGACCAAUCAGACUGCUGCAUUCUGAAUCCUAUUGUUCUAGGACCAAUCAGACUGCUGCAUUUUGGAUCCUAUUCAACUCAGUACAUAACACCUACGUACGUUUUAACAUGUUUACAAUAAUUCUUCAGAUAUUCAGCAAAAGGUUUCCACUCCUCCUUGAAGUCUACCUCUUCAUGAUGUGUGUGUGUGCUUGUGUAUUUGUGUGUGCUUGUGUGUUUGUGCAUAGAAACCAGCCCACUGUCCAAAGCCAAAAGUUACAUUUGUGGCUCUGCCGACUUUUACUCCUGGCUCCUCCCCCACCACUGCUGUGCGGCCCCCAACAUGGUUCCCAGAAAAGAAUGCGUCCCUCGGGCUCCUCAUCCUCACCAAGGAGGAAAAAUGGUUCCCUGCCUCCAUCUCCUUCUCUUCUCCCUUCUCUCCACGCCCCCGCCCCCCCCCGAUCCCUUUCUUUCCACAGAUUGUCGCCACUUACAAUGGGAUCACCAAGAAGAUCAAGAUGGUUCCCGGAAAGGAUAUCCACUGGCCAGGGAACGGCAUCCCAAGGGAUGUGCCCUUCUGUGGUUUUGAGAACACCAACCCGGCCUGCCAAAAAGGUACUGGAGGGGAUCCCAAGAAGGCCCCUUCUGCUGGCUGUGUGGGGUUACCUUGGGGGCUGAUCCAGUUGGGCUUAACCCAGUGGUUCCCAAUUAGCUAAGGACUGUGGACCCCCUGUUUUUCAAAAACCAAGCAUGUGGCCCUUGGAAGGCUGCUCAGAAGAAGAUUUCCGGCCCUCAGGCUUUAGGAAAAGGCUCUCCUCCCUAGUUUUAAGGGGAAAUAGCUGGCUAAUGGUUGUCCCUCCCUCUCCCUUCAUUUCCUUCUCUUGGCUACAGCCUCCUUCUCUCUGCUGGAGAUCCUCUCCCUCACGAUGACCUUGGUCCUGUCCGUCAUCAUUGUCACAGCUUUCUUUGUGUACAGGUGAGUGGCUGGGCAGAGUUUGUGGACAGGUGCUGCCAAAAGUAAGAACGGCCCUGCUGGAUUCGACCUGAUGUCCUUCUGUUUGUUUGCUGGCCUGCUACCUGGCACAGGUCCUGCUGGAAAGUAAUGAGUUGUAUUCAGGGGCUAAUCCUACUCAGAGUAGACCCACUUAAAUCAGUUAACGUGGCUAACUCGGCUCCGUUAAUUGCAAUGCGUGUAAGUAGAACUUAGAUGGAUGCCACCUGGUGCCUAUUCCCCUUCUAACUUGUUUUGUCCCCUGUGUCUGACAACUCGCAAACAUAAAAAGUAAGGCGGUUCCUAAAAAUGGAACACAAUGCAGCUUACAAAAAAAUGAACAUGGAAAACAAGGAUAAACCAACCUAAUACAGUACAUAGGAAUUUGUGUGUGUGUAUAAGAUGCAAGGACGUGGGUGGCGUUGUGUGUUAAACCACAGAGCCUAGGACUUGCCUAUCAGAAGGUCGGCGGUUCGAAUCCCCAUGACGGGGUGAGCUCCCAUUGCUCGGUCCCUGCUCCUGCCAACCCAGCAGUUCAAAAGCACGUCAAAGUGCAAGUAGAUAAAUAGGUACCGCUCCAGCGGGAAGGUAAACGGUGUUUCCGUGCACUGCUCUGGUUCUCCAGAAGUGGCUUAGUCAUGCUGGCCACAUGACUCAGAAGCUGUACGCCGGCUCCCUUGGCCUAUAGAGCAAGAUGAACGCCGCAACCCCAGAAUCGGCCACAACAGGACCUAAUGGUCAGGGGUCCCUUUACCUUUACCUUUUAUAAGAUGCAAGCCCACUGCAUGGCAGAAAAUUAAGAUCUGGGUGAAUAUGAAUUCCCCCCUGGCGCCUAAAACAGAUAGUGAUGGCACCAGGCGUGCUUCCCUGGGGAGAGCAUUCCCUAAACAGGGAGCCACCACCAAGAAGGCCUGUUCUUUUAGAAGACACCUGAAGGCAGCCCUGUUUAGGAAAGCUUUGAAUGUUUAAUAGAUUAUUGAAUUUUAAUAUUCUGUGGGAAGCUGCCCAGAGUGGCUGGGGAAACCCAGCCAGAUGGGCGGGGUAUAAAUAAUAAAUUAUUAUUAUUAUUAUUACUUGUGUCGCCACCAUGGGAGAGGGCCCACGGAGCAGGACCUCAGAUAAAGAACGCAGUUUUGCGAGGCGAUACGUUUGCGAUUGUGCAUUUGCAGUGAUAAAAGAGGAAGGAGGUCAGGGUGGGUGGGAAGCUUGCCAGGCCAGAAGUCCGUGAGCCCUGACCUCUGCCGCUGCCCUCCCCUCCCCUCCCAGGAAACUGAAGCUGGAGAAGGAGCUGGCCUCUGAGCUGUGGCGGGUGCAAUGGGAGGACGUCCAGUCCAGCAACUUGGAGAAGAACCUCCGCAGCAUGGGGAGCAAACUCACUCUCUCCCUGGUGAGUCAUUGAACCCUAGAAACGUAGAGUUGGAAGGGACCACGAGGGCCAUCUAGUCCAACCCCCUGCAAUGUCAAAAUCUUUUGCGCAGUGUGGGGCUUGAAUCCAAGACCCUGGGAUUAAGAGUCUCAUGCUUUACUGACUGAGCUAUCCCCAGGUCCCAUCCAUCUUCCAGAAGCCCCUUCCUCUUGUUUCUAACCAAUAUUAUUUACCAUAUUUUUCUGUGUAUAAGACUAGGUUUUUUUAACCAGAAAAUUAGGUUUAAAACGGGUAGUGCUGAGGGGGUGUUUUCUUAAUUUGGAGUCCCCAAAAAUAGGGGGCGUCUUAUACAUGGAAAAAUACAGUAUAUGUCAAAGAGAAAAACAACCACCAGAAUUUUAGAAGACAUCUGAAGGCAGUCCUGUUUAGGGAAGCUUUUAAUGUUUGACGCACUAUUGUAUUUUAAUAUUUUGUUGGAAGCCGCCCAAAGUGGCUGGGGAAACCCACCCACAUGGGUGGAGUAUAAAUAAAUUAUUAUUAUUAUUAUUAUUCAUUUCAUUUAUAUCCCGCCUUUUCCUCCAAGGAGUUCACGGCAGCAUUCGUGGUUCUCUUCCCCAUCUCACAACAUCCCUCCCAGGCAGGUUAGGCUGAGAGGGAGGGGCCGUCCCAAGAGCUUCAUGACUGAGUGGGGAUGUGAACCCUGGUCUUUUCCCAGGUCUUCCUCCAGCACUAACCACUGCACCAUGCAGCCUCUGCGCUCUGCUUCAACCACUUUGGUGCCACUUUAAAGAAUCAUGGUUUUCCCCAAAGGAUUCUGGGAACUCUCAUUUGUUAAAGGUCCUGAGAGUUAUUCAGGAGAACCUCCCUCCCCUAAUUCCCCUUGCAGAGCUGCAACUCCCAGAGAUCCCUGCCAAGACGGGUUGGUGGAUAAACCACUCUGGGAAUUCGGAUCCUCACACCUGAAAUGUUCAGAUUUGUAGGUUUUAACGCUGUUCAGGCUGCGCUUGUUCAGCAAAUGAAGAUCUGGGGUGUGGGUGGGGAGGUGUUUUGUUUUGUUUUUGCUCUGCUGCCAGACGUUCCCUCUCUGCUUUCCUUCCGCAGAGAGGCUCGAACUAUGGCUCCCUUCUCACCACAGAGGGACAGUUCCAGGUUUAUGCCAAGACAGCUUAUUAUAAGGUAAACCUUGGAAAGAAGAUUCUGUCCUUAUUGGAAGACAGGACACGCCGAUGUUUAUUGCAGGUCUUGUGGACCAGGUAGGGCCAACCCAUAGCACAUGGGUAGGCAAACUAAGGCCCGGGGGCCGGAUCCGGCCCAAUCGCCUUCUAAAUCCGGCCCAUGGGCGGUCCAGGAAUUAGCGUGUUUUUACAUGAGUAGAAUGUGUCCUUUUAUUUAAAAUGCAUCUCUGGGUUAUUUGUGGGGCAUAGGAAUUCGUUCAUUUCCCCUCCCAAAAAUAUAGUCCGGCCCCCCACAAGGUCUGAGAUUCAGUGGACCGGCCCCCUGCUGGAAAAGUUUGCUGACCCCUGCCAUAGCGCCUCUUGCUCCUCUCGUGGUGGAUAAAGUCAUCAAUGGCCACUAGCCACGAUGUCCGUGGUCUGCCUCGGCGGCUGGAGGCAGCAGUUCUUCUGAAUUCCAGCUGCUGGAGUUCCAGUAGCUGAAACCCUGGGGCAUCUGGUUGGCAUCUGUGAGAAAAUGAUGCUGGACACUGAUCUAGCAGCCAGGCUCUCUGGCGUCUUUAAACGGCCUCGGUCCAGUAUAUCUGAAGGAGCGUCUCCACCCCCAUCGUUCUACCCGGACACUGAGGUCCAGCACCGAGGGCCUUCUGGCAGUUCCCUCCCUGUGAGAAGCCAAGUUACAGGGAACCAGGCAGAGGGCCUUCUUGGUAGUGGCACCCGCCCUGUGGAACACCCUCCCACCAGAUGUCAAAGAGAAGAAUAACUAUCAGACUUUUAGAAGACAUCUGAAGGCAGCCCUGUUUAGGGAGGCUUUUAAUGUUUGGUGUAUUACGGUAUUUUAAUAUUUUUUGGGAAGACGCCCAGAGUGGCUGGGGAAGCCCAGCCAGAUGGGCAGGGUAUAAAUAAUAAUAAAUAAUAAUAAUUAUUAUUAUUUGGAGCCUCCAGGUCCAGAGGCAGUCUAUCUGGAUCCCUAGGUUCUUUGGGGCAUAUGGCCACUGCGAGAACAGGAUGCUGGACUAUGGUGAGCCUCCACUGGCCUUCUCGAACAGGCUCAUCUUUCUGAGGUUAACCAUUGAGCUGGCCCAGGUGGAUGAGUCGAUGGGUAGGCGGACGGCUCCCUUGCAAAGCGGCCGAACUGGCCAGUCUUCUUUCCCCCUGCAACCUCAGCAGCACGAUUCCCUCUCUCCUCCUCCCUGAUUUCUGUGUCUCCUUUCAGGGAAACCUUGUGGCCGUGAAACAUGUAAACAGGAAGCGGAUCGAUUUGACGCGGAAGGUGCUUUUCGAGCUGAAACAUGUAAGCAACUGGCUGGAAUGCCCUUUGAGAGUGUGGCAAAGACUCCGGAACGGCUGGUGGUGGAGGGGCUGGGUGGUGUCUGUCCCUCUGGGAUGGGGAGGGGGUGCCUUUUGGAGCUGGAAGAUUAUUGCGAUUAUUUUGUACAUGCACCAAUUCCUUUUCAGCUGAACAAGGUUCUCUAAGCAAACAGCCACACGGUGUGCACAAUACUCUUUUACAGUGGUACCUUGGUUCUCAAACUUAAUCCGUUCCGGAAGUCCGUUCCAAAACCAAAGCGUUCCAAAACCAAGGUGUGCUUUCCCAUAGAAAGUAGUGCAAAAUGGAUUAAUCCAUUCCAGACUUUUAAAAACAACCCCUAAAACAGCAACGAGACCACUUAUCCAUAAAAUGAAAGCAAUAAACAAUGCGCUGCAGUCACACAAUCAAUCAGUCAGUCAGUAGCUGAAUUGGGUUCCACACAGUCACAAAAACAAAACAAAAAGAGCCACAAAAACAAAAACACAAAAUAAAUGGCAAAAACAGACAGAUCUCAGCGUAACACUCAAAACGGAGCACGUUCGACUUCCGAAAAAAGUUCACACACCGGAACACUUCUGGGUUUGCAGUGCUUGGGUUCCAAGUUGUUUGAGUACCAAGGCGUUUGAGAACCAAAGUACCACUGUAUUAACAUUUAUCUAAAUUGUGAUAAGAUCUUCUUUUUUUAAUCCCUUAUCUUCCAAAGCUAUAAGGCCUGAUCCAGCAGGGUCUCCUAAUGUUCUUAUGAAAACCAUGAUUUCCUCUUUAUGCCUUUAUAAAUACAGCAACCUGUAACUCUGGACAGUGUGAGACUCCUCUUGUCUAGACCACCCCUCCAGAAAGUGCAUUUCCUUCCAUGCUGUGUGUGUGUAUGUGUGUGAAGGGGUGUGUCGGAGAGACAGAAAAGGGGGUGGCAAGGAGACAAAGAGUGAUAUGGAUUCUGGCAAGCCCCUCCCACUUUGGGGCCAUAGCCCCGCCCACACCAGGUUCGAGGUUCUUGUAUUAAUUUAUAAGGCCUGUAAUAAUAACAACAGCCCCCAAUGUUGCAUUGGGUCCGUGCAUCUGGCAGUUAAACAGAAGGUUGGUGGUUCGAGCCCAAUCAGGGACGGCUGUGGGCAGGAUUUGUGCAUUGCAGGGGGUUGGACUAGAUGACCCUUAUGGUCCCCCUCAGCUCUACAGUUCUUUGAUUCAAACUUGGGUCUUAAGGGCUAGUGGGGCUCCGGAGGGGGGGUGUGGCAGUGUGAGCAGCUUGCCUGGCCCAGUCUCCAGCAACCCACGCUAUGCCACUGGUGGUCUCUUCCAGGGCUUAGUGUGAAGGGAAAAACUGCUUCUCCCCUGUUAUUUGGAAUUGCUCCCCUCUAAAACCCCUUGCAUAAUAAACACUUAUAACAGAAGUAAUGAAAACUAUGGAUUGACCUUGUUCAGGACAAAGGGCAUUUGCUUUUGCAAACACAAGGGUGAGCAAAGAGUUGUUGAUUUAAUGCCGUGUCUACUGCAGAAGCACUGCAAAUGGUAGCAAAGGAGCUAAUGGGAUUAGGAAUAAAAAGUCAUUAGAGGUUGUUAAUGUUUCAGAUAAUUCAAUGUAUGAGCAUCUAUUCCUAUUUCUUGAUACAUAUUCGUUCAUAUUUGCUAAGCAUCAGUUAGCUUGAACCUGAUUAUUACAAGGAAGAGGUGUAGAGGCCCUCGCUAAUGUGUGACUAUGCCUAUUGAAGAGAAAAGGGUGAUAAAAGAUUUGCAUGUUUGAAUUUAAAGAUCAACCUUUUUGUAAUCUGUUUGCUGUGACUGUCCUGAUCUGAAGUUAGUUUAUUGUACCAGCUAAUGACCUGUAAGGGGGUUUGGCAGUGGCAUAGCGUGGGUUGCUGGCAUCCGGUGUGGGCAAGACACCACCUCCACUGAAACGCCCCUCCGCUGGAGCCAAGUGGGGCCGCCCUGCUCCACCUGCCUGUCCACGCACACCCACUCACUGUGGGCCUGAGCUGCUCUGCCCCUUUGCCAGGGUGGGGCAGGGAUCCCUGUGGAAGCCAGUGCCUGUGUGGGGGCGCCUGGUUGUGCCCCCUCAGAAUUUUGUGCCUUUGUCCGUGGCCCCCCAUCCCAUGCUACGCCACUGGGGUUUGGAUCAGAACCUGAAUAUGUCAUGUCGUGGCUGGCUGACGUGGAAUGGCCAGGGUGGAUCUAGUUAUGCAAUUAACAUGAUGUAGCGCUGUGGGUUAAACCACAGAGCCUAAGACUUGCCGAUCAGAAGGUCGGCGGUUCAAAUCCCCGUGACAGGGUGAGCUCCCGUUGCUCGGUCCCUGCUCCUGCCAACCUAGCAGUUUGAAAGCAUGAAGUGCAAGUAGAUAAAUAGGUACCGCUCCAGCGGGAAGAUAAACGGCGUUUCCGUGUGCUGCUCUGGUUCGCCAGAAGCGGCUUAGUCAUGCUGGCCACAUGAUCUGGAAGCUGUCCGCCGGCUCCUUCGGCCAGUAAAGCGAGAUGAGCGCCGCAACCCCAGAGUCAGUCACGACUGGACCUAAGGGUCAGGGGUCCCUGUCCCUUUAAGCUGUUUGUAUAUAAGUGUCAACCUUGUGCUCAGUUUACUACAGUAAAGUUAAUAUAAGGGUAUGGUCUUGUAGGAAUCUUGGUUGAGUUUCUUAUUGAGCUCCCUAGCUGGGACCAACCUGAGGGGUGGUUCUAGCCACUCCCUUGCCUAGUCCGAUACUCUAGCCCAGCCUUUCUCAACCUUGGGUCUCCCGAUAUUGUUGGACAACCGCAGAUGGGUACUUUGUUGUGGUUUUUCUCCUUUCAAGGCAAUUUAUGUAUAUUUAGCCCGGAAGAGAGGAGACUGAGAGGAGAUGUGCUAGCCAUCCUCAAAGACCUUAAGGCAUGAGUAGGCAAACUAAGGCCCGGGGGCCAAAUCCGGCCAAAUCGCCUUCUAAAUCCGGCCCGCGUACGGUCCGGGAAUCAGUGUGUUUUUACAUGAGUAGAAUGUGUCCUUUUAUUUAAAAUGCCUCUCUGGGUUAUUUGUGGGGCGUGCCUGGUGUUUUUACAUGAGCAGAAUGUGUAUUUUUAUUUAAAAUGCCUCUCUGGAUUAUUUGUGGGGCAUAGGAAUUCGUUCAUUAUUAUUUUUUUCCAAAAUAUAGUCCGGCCCCCCACAAGGUCUGAGGGACAGUGGACCGGCCCCCUGCUGAAAAAGUUAGCUGACCCCUGCCUUAAGGGCAAACAACCUUAAGGGCUGUCACAUGGAGGAGCUUGUUUUCUCCUGAUCUGGAGGGUAGGACCCGAACCCAUGGCUUCAAGUAACAAGAAAGGAGAUUCCGACUAAACAUCAGGAAGAACUUUCUGGCAGUAAGAGCCCUUCGACAGUGGAACGAUCCCUCUCAGAAGAUGGUGGGCUCUCUCCUUCCUUGGGGAGGUUGGAUGGCCGUUUGUCAUGGAUGCCUUAGUUGAGACCCCUGCAUUGCAGGGGGUUGGUCUAGAUGAAACCUGGGGUCCCUUUCAACUCUUCUGUUCUAUGAUUUUAUGAAUUUAGUGGGGCACCAGCAAGGGGCAUUGAGCUGCUGGGGUAUUUGGGGGGGCGGAUGGCAGAUUCAUUAGCGGGGAGAGAAAGCGCAUAGGGAGCGGGCAGCGAGCGGUGCAGAGUGGCACCCGGGUGCUGCUACAGCAGCGCAGAGGGCUAAUGACUCAUUAGCGAGGAAGCGGCAAAGAGCCGGCCAUCUGCUCCUCCUUAAUUAAGAGCCGGAGCAGCUUAAAGCAACAGGAAUUUACGUGUGUGCGAAGGAGAAGAUAAACAAGGGGUUUGGCUCGCGAAAGGGGCAUCUGAGCAAGCAAAGAUAAUAGCUGGCUGAGGGAGAGAUAUUUGCAACCUGCUUGCUUUUGACGUGUCUGUGUGUGUGCGUGUGCAUGUGUGUGUGUGUGUGUCUGAAAGCAUGCUUUCCCUCUGGCAAGGCGUCCGCACAUCAAUCACAUGCGCACACUCUGUCAUGUGCUCAGCUCCCCACGGCGCAAAUUCCUUCCGUCCCAAACUGAUGCUUUCCCUGCUUCGUGGAAUUGGGAUGUUUCCCUCCCAAGUUCCCCCUGCUUCUCUUGGCGCUUAUGCCCAUGGGUAUCCUCUGAGUGGGGGAAUUCCUUUCCCUACCACCCCUAUGAUGACCCCCAAACCCCCAGACUCUCAGCUGCCUUAAAUAAAAAAAGACUUAAGUAGCCUGAUCUCCCUCUUCCAGUGUUUUAUUCCUCCUCCCCUGCUGAAAAAUUCUUGUGGACUCCUGUUUAUGGAUUCCUCCAAAGUUUCUAUUUUUAAAACCAUGUUGCAUGUGUGCCAGGAGAGGUUCCACAUGCAGCAACCAAUUAUUUUAUUUGUGGCGAACGCAUGGACAUCACACUCCCUUGCGAAGUCUCCCAUUUGUUUGUUUGCUUAUGAUGCCUUCUGGAAUCCUGCGCUGGGUUGCUAAACUUGUGGAAUUUGUUUGUUUCUUCGUUUAUUGCAUGCGUAUCCCACCUUUUCCUCCAAGGAGUCCUGGCUGGUGUACAUGGUUCUCCCCCUCCUCACAACAACCUGGUGAGGUAGGCUAGACUGGGAGGCAGUGACUGGCCCAAGGUUGAACUUGGUAGCCAAGUGGAGAAUUUUAACCCUGGUCUCCCAAGUCAUAGUCCAGUACCAACCACACUGGCUCUCUGGUGGGUUUUUGUUUGGCGGGGAGAGCAGACGUGCUUGCACCAGUUCUGGAAAUCCUAGAUGGAAAGGACCCCAGGGGCACAAAAUCCUUCUCUUUGCCUCCCGUCCCUGAAUAAAUUACAUUGUGCUUUAUCAUAGGUCUCACUGUCAGUAAAUCUCCUGGAUUUAAUUUUUCCUCUGCUGCCUGCAGAGUUAAGUCGUGGGGAAAAUAAGUCUUCAGUUGUUAAUGCUGGACAGAGAGACGGUUCUGUAGGGAUGCUGUCAAAAUGCGCACUGCCACAUCUGCGAUUCUAUUCAACAUCUCAUUGGAUCUAGUUAAAUGUUCAGGAGUUGCAGCCGAAGGUUCUUGGCCUUCACCCAGCCAGAGGGGUAUUAAAAUUAUGAAGGUGCUCCCAUAUGAGAUUUUACAAAAACCUCUGCUUUCGGUCAAAAUGUAGAAAAACCUCAUUAAUUUUGAACGAACGAGUCCCCAAAGCAUGGGAUAUGCACCUCACAUUGGGGCGUUUGCAAUAGUAGCAGUCAAUAGUGAUUUCAGAAAAAUGUGGCGCUUUUCCUUUUAUGUGGGGUUUACGUUCCGAGACACCACACAUUUAAGUGAAAUUGCAUAUAUUGGGAACACCAUUGAAAAAGCCUGCACCCUAUUCCACCCCUUUUGGUGACAUUUUUGGGUCAUUUCCGGGUUCAGCGCGAUGUACGCCUGCGCAGUCGCACACAUAUCAGACCCGCCUAAAACGGUCAUUGCCUAUAUAAUUUUAACCCUCUGGCUAGGGUUAAGUAGCUUCUGCAGUGGCUCUCUGUUUGUGUUUAUGUGUUGCUUGGGUCGCCGGCAAGAUUUGGGCACUUUAACCUCCAUGUUCUUUCCAGAUGCGGGAUGUUCAAAACAAGCACCUGACGCGCUUUAUCGGAGCAUGCAUUGAUCCCCCAAACAUCUGCAUUUUGACAGAGUACUGCACCCGUGGCAGUCUCCAGGUACGUGAGAGUUGUGGCGAAAAAGCAUGCCUGGAUGUUAACAACUCUUGCCCUGUUCAACUUCUCUCCUUAUAGGUGGGUGAGGCCAGUGCCAGAUUUACGUAUAAGCUAAACAAGCUAUAGCUUAGGGCCCCACUCUCUUGGGGGCCCCAAAAAAAUUUAAAGGAAAAACAACAACCUGGAUGUACAUUUCCAAAAUAUAAGAUAAAAAACAAAUAAAAUAAAACCUACAUACAGCAACGGUGUUUUGUGUUGUGUAGGCUCCUAUGAUGUAAGUGAGGGGCCCCACCUGCUAGCCUGCUCCCUAAAAUAUCACUGGUUUGCUCCUUUCUAUAUAUAGGGUGCCUACAUUCUGCGUGGACUGGUUGCAUGGCAACAUGCGCAAAUGGCUUUAGAUACCUAUUAGGUCCAUAAAUUACCAUAUAGCAUAUAUUCAGCACAAAAAAACAGCGACAAUUUGUUGUUGACAAAGGACAGCUGGACAUAUAAAGGGCCCCAUUACCUUCAGUAGUUUGGGCCUCAUCAAACCUAAAUCCAGAUCUGGGUCUUCUAAAAGUCUACCAGACUUUUAGAAGACAUCUGAAGGCAGCCCUGUUUAGGGAAGCUUUUAAUGUUUAGCAAACCACUGUAUUUUAAUAUUUUGUUGGAAGCCGCCCAGAGUGGCUGGGGAAACCCAGCCAGAUGGGCAGGGUAUAAAUAAAUUAUUAUUGUUGUUGUUAUUAUUGUUAUUGUUACUUCAGAGGUUUUCAACCUUUGAGGGUCCACGGCUCCCUUGACCAACUAUAUUCUUUCGAUAGCACCCCUAUGGGGCUCAGGAGCCCUGUUAUGUCACCUCUCGCCUGCUGAGCUGGCAGCCUCUAAUCCAUUUUUGAACACCAUCCCUUGGAGACUGUCCCCUCAGCCUCCUCUCUUCUCCCCUCUCCUUGGGAGUCCUCUGGGCAGCUGAAGCUACCGCCCCUGGUCUCUGAGCUGCCCCCCCUGCCCCAAAGAGAGGUGCCACUGCCCCACAGGGGUCUGGGAAGCACCCCCUGGCCAGCCCCAGAGGCACCAUUCGCCUGGGGAGCUUGUAGCCAGGGCUGCCGCAACAAACAGCUGGGCAAGCCUUGGGGAGGCAGAGACUCAAGAGGGUAUCAGAGGAGGGAGGAAAGGAAAGAGGGACAGAGGCCGGUGUUGCCCGCAGCACCCCUGACCAUCAUUCAAGGCACCCCAAGGUGCCAUGGCACACUGGUUGAAAACCACUGGGUUAGUUAGUUGAACCCACACUCAAGCCACUCGCUUUUCUUAUUACUGCUGCCAAUGAAGACCAGUCUGGCCAUUCGCUUGGCAAUAGGGCAGCCAUCUUGCAGGCCUAAGGAGAGCGUAGUGUCCCUCAGCCUUAAUUACUAAUGCUGCUGGCAGUGGAGGCUAAUAAUGUGGCCAAUACCUCAGCAAAAGGGCGGCCAUUUUGUAGGCCUGCGGGAAGCCUUGCACUUCCUAUCCUUUAUUAUUGAUGGUGCUGGCAAUGGAAGAUGGUAGGCUGUUCCCUCAGCUACGGAUAACCCAUCAUGUAGACUUGAAGAAAGCUUAGCCUUCAUUAACUUUGGUGCUGGAAAUGGAGGGCAUCCAUCUUGUAGACUUGGAGAGAGCCUAGCCCUCAUUAACGAUGGUGCUGGUUAAUUUGGCGGGCAUACUCUUGAGUAGGUCUGGUGAAAUUAAUGGGCCUGAGAUUUGUGUUUGUUAGUUUCAGUGGGUCUGCAAUGGGUAAGACAAACACUACCCUUAGUCUUUCCCUUGACCACAGGGUGGCCAUUUUGUAGGCCUGAGGAGAGUCUGGCGCUCGCUGGCCAUCGUUGCUCACACUGCUGACAUGAGGGCAGCCACCUAGAGCAGUAAAAGGAACCAUGUUUUUAGCUUUGCAAGCCUCCUGUGCCAGCCAGCCAGCCUCAAUCCUCGGGCGUCGCUCUGGCUGUGUGUUGCCAAGCGGCAACCAAAUGUGUCACGCUGGCAGGGAUGAUGGAGGAUUCUGUUCGCAAGAGAAACGGGAAUUGGCACUGUUGGCGUUUUUGUCCCACAACAGGAAUAAAAAUCAAACCAGCAGAUGUAAUCAGUAUCAAUCCAGCGAAUACAAUCAGUUGUUGGGUUUUUUUUAAAGCCUCCAACCAAUGCGUAAUUAAUGAGUUUUUUAAAAAAAACACACACACCAAAAAAACCACACCACCAUUAUUUUAACACUUCCUUUACAUUGAAAUUAGACCUCAGGCCUUACUACUUUGAGAUGUUCAUUUUUUAAAAAAAAAAUUCUUUACAAUCAAGUGAUAUGUGUUUAGAACGUUGAUGUGAGUUUUAAUCUGUUUUUAUAGCCGUUUUAAUUUUUCAAAUGCCCUAAAUUAUUGUUGUCGGGUUUUUUCCUGUUGAUAAUGUUAUCGUUUUAUCUUUUUCGUAAAGCCCCUUGGGGCUUUUAUUCUUUCUUUCUUUCACAAACAAGCAGUGUAUAAAUUUUAUGAAACAAAUAAAUAAAUACAAGCUUUAUGAACUGAAAUAAAUAAACGGAUGGGCCACUCCUUCUGUUAAACUCACAAUUUAUGUAAACAAUCUACAUAGAUUGCAUAAAUAACUAAAUAAACCACGCUAAAUGGCGGGACGAAAGGCGUAGCAGGAACCGAACGGCGUAGCAGAAACCGAACUGCGGCGGAACAGAAAGAGCGUGGAUUGCGAGGAGAACGGAAAACUUAUUGCGUGUCUGCUUGUGGAGAACGUCGGCUGCGCACAUGCGUGGCCUUGACGUGUGGCAGCCAACAUGUGGCUAUUCAAUGCAGGAAUUGUGCUGCAGAGAGUGAGGCUCAGGAUCAGGCCUCUUUCGUGUGUGUAGGGCCGGAAAGUCCUCUGGCGUGGCGGCGUUUCUUCCGCACCCGCCACCUCGACUGCAGCCCUGCCGAGGGCUGAGGCGGGGGCAGACGAAGCCUUUAAUUAAAAGGAGCGCCAAGGGGGUACUGCAAGCCUCUCUGCAGAGCCGAUUCCAAGAGAGAUGAUUUAUAGCGCGGUGGAUGAGCGAGAAGAAUUGGCGGCGUGCGGGGGGUGGGAGAUAGGGAGAUUUCGACAGUCCUAGAUUCCUGGCUGCCUGCUGAAGAUAAGCAUUUCCUCUUAUAAAAGAGAGGAGGCAGAAACGGGGAGGCAGGAAAGAGGGGGAAGGAAGGAAAGAAAGAAAGAAAGAAAGAAAGAAAGAAAGAAAGAGUGAGCAGAAGGGGAGAAAAUGGUCAGGCGGCUGGAACCGGGAUGGGCUCCGCAUGGGGAGAGGGGCUGGAAGGUGCCGGACGGUGUUGUGUAGUGGUUAGAGCUGGGUUAGGACCAGGGAGACCUCAGGUUCAAAUUCCACCCUAAACAGUUACAGUUCCAUAAAACAUUAACUGAACCACUUUGAGCUGGUUGUGCUCUAUCCCCUGUUCCCUUGUUCUCUUUCUUUCUUUCUUUCUUUCUUUCUUUCUUUCUUUCUUUCUCUCUUUCUCUCUUUCUUUCUCUCCUUCUCUUUCUCUCAUUCUCAGCUGCAACCUACCUUACAAGGUUGUGAGGAUAAAUGGAAAGGUGGGAGAGAACCUUUAGAGUUGUUGUUGAUGAUGAUGAUGAUGAUGUUGACUCUCCCUCUACCUUGAGGUCCCAGGGUGGGUUACAACAUUCAAACACAACCUUAAAAAAACCAGUUUAAAACAACUUACAACCACAAAAAUAAACUGGGUUGUCAAGAUGCCCUCAGGGCAUUUGUGCUGAAAGGUGGGGUUAUGGGAAAUAAAAGAUAUUCUCAAAUUUAAUAGAGGGGAAUAUUUCAGUGUGUAGUCUCCUAGCGUGUGUGUGCUUAGAUUGUUUGAGAAACUGGAUGUUGUUGAGACUUGGGUUUCCUGUUUUGUUUUCAUAAAAGAAAAAGAAAAUUCCCCAAACAAGCAGGAUAUGUAAAGUGCUGAGUUGGGAAAAAUUCACACCGAACGUUUAAAAAAUAAAUAGAUAGACAAACCUAAAAUUUCUAAGCGUUCUGUGAAAUCAAGAGUUGGACUGUGCAGUCUCAGGUUUAGUUAUUUGCAAACGGCGCUAGGUUUUGAAUUUGCGGGACGGAGGCCUUAAGCAUAAAAAAGCCAUGGAUCAGAAUGCAUUGGGCUGCGUGUGCAAAAAGAGAUUUGUGCCCUCAGCAGCAUAUCUUCAAGACAGUCCUCCUGAACUUGUGUCGACGCCUCCAUCUUUCUAGGCUUCAUUCACACAUCACUUCAUUCCAUUUCUCUGUUUUCCUGUUAAUUUCCACAUUACAUUUGAGCUUCCUCCACGCGAGAAAUGUGAGCUGAAAAACCAAUGGAAUAUGGCACACAUGUUUAGCGCUCAUUUCUGUCUUAUUUGAUUCCCAGGGGGUGGGGAUAAUGUUUCCAGCCCUCUUAGCCUUGGAAAGUAUGUCAGACUCAAGUGACGAAAUUUAGGGUGGUUGUACCAGGAAUUGCGGGGGGAAUGGAUGCAUGCAUUUGCGGAAAGGGCAGGGGAAAGGGGACGUCGUCCAGUGACGUUCAUUGCUGUGACACCACGCCCUCUGACCUGAAUAACAUUUAGCACAACAGGCCAAUAUUUAGGCCAAAAAGCCACCAUUCCAUAACAAAACAGGGACUGCCCAUGGUUGGAAAAGGGAAACAAGCAAAGUAUUGAAAGACACAAGAUCUACCCACCUUGGAAGAAUGGCAGAUGAAGGUGAUGGACUAUAUGGAACUGGCGGAAAUGACUGGCAGAAUCCGAGACCAGGGAGAAGAGUCGGUGGAAGAAGAUUGGAAGAAAUUCAAAGAUUAUCUACAGAAAUAUUGUAAAAUUAAUGAAUGUUAGAAUGAUGUUGGAUAGAAACUAAGUGGUCUUUAGCUGAAAAGUUACAAGGGAAGAUGAAAAAAGGGUUUAUUAUGUAAUAUGUAAAAAUCUAAAAUUACAAUAUUUUUUGAUUAAUGAUUAGGAUACUAAAAGAGGGGAGGGAUUUGCUGAACAAAAUAAUUGAACUGGAAUACAAAAAAGGGAGGUGCGAGGAGGUCGGGGAAACAAGCAAAUGAAAGAUAAGAUAUGGAAAGACUAAUCUGUUUUUUAACUGUUUUUAUUUUGUAUUUUCAUUUUUUAUCUGUUUUCUUUUUUCUUUUUUUUUUGCUCAUCUUUGUAAUAUGUUGAAAUUUUAAUAAAUAUCUUAAAAAAAAAAAAGGAAAAGGGAAACAGAAGCGCUGGAAUUAUAAUCAGGAAAAAUCUAACCCAAUAUUCCCCACCUCUGGCUGCACCCUAGGAUAUCCUGGAGAACGAGAGCAUCACCUUGGACUGGAUGUUCCGCUAUUCGCUCACCAGUGACAUCGUCAAGGUAAUUUUAAGAAUGCCUCCAUCUGCCUCUGGGAAGCCCACAAGCAGGGCAUGAGCAACUGGUGCCCAGAGCUUGUGAGGCCUUGGCCUAGCUUCAAGAAGGGUUGCCGCUGGGGUCCAGUUGAGGGGCAAGCAGGCGAAAUUCAGGAGGGCGGUGGAUGCAGGCCACCCACACCUUAAAACCGCGGCCAGACUAUUUUGAACGGUCAUGGCUCCCCCGCAAGGAAUUAUGGGAACCGCCCUACGCAAAGGAUGCUGAGAGCUGUCAGGAGACUCCCAUUCCCCUCACAAAGCUACAAUUCCCAGUGUUUCCAGUGAAGAGGGGUUGAUUGUUAAGCCACUCUGUGGAAUUGUAGCUCUGCGAGGGGAAUGGGAAGCUGGCGUGCGAAGCCUUCCCUUGUCCUUUCCCCUCAACAUCUGGUACUCAUCCUGCCUCUGAACGUGAGGGAGGUUACUAGCGGCUAUCUCUGCACCAGACCAAAGGGCCAAAAUGUCACAAAAUGAAGGAAAUCCGUGAUUUCCCAAGCUUUCUAUUUUUAAGUUGAACGCAAACCCUCCUGCUGUGGGGCAAGGGAGGGAGCAGGGGUUGAACCCAUUCUCCCCAUUCCAUUUCCCUAAUCUAAAUUGCACACACACACCCAUCCUGCAAACAUCAUACGGACUCUCCAAAUCUCGUUUUCUGUACUGGGGGAAACCUACAGAUCACCAUACCUUUUUCUCAGGGAGGGUUGCAGCAUGUGUGGGGAGCUGUUUUUCAGUAGGAAAAUAGUGAAAGAAUACCUAUUGCGACUGGUAGGGCAGAAGGCAGGGAGGCCAACAGUAGGUGGCGCCAGAGCAAUGAAUGAAAGACAGAGCCAACUAAUUCUCGUAUUGUCCCCAUCCUCUUCCUCCCUGCUGAGUUCUACAAGGGGCAAGAUUGAGAAUAAGGAGGAAGCUGAGAGGCGGGGUCACCCCCAUAGACAGGUAGCAAGUAAGGAGGGGGCUGGGGGGCAGGGCUGGCUGAAGGCAGAGGUCAGUGGGGCAGUUCACCCUAAUGGACCAGCCCCUACUGAGCUAAGCCAGCUGAGGAUGGUGGUAAAUGUAAACCAAUAACAUCUGGGGAGUAGAGAUGGAGAAUGUUUCAGUUUAGAUUCAAAGGAGAACCUACUUAAUUCACAUUUUUUUGGAACAGCUCCUGAACCAAAGCACAGCUUUCCUACAAAAGCCUCACUUCUCUGAAUAUUGCAGUCCAGUUCUCCAAGCAAAGCAUAGGAAAAUGCAUAUGUGGGAAGCAGCCUUUUCUGUGUGGCUGUUCCCAUAUUGUGGAAUCGCCUCCCAAGACAGGUCAGGCAGGCGCUCUCUGUGUUAGCCUUCCACCGGCAGGCUAAGACCUUAAUGUCCAGACAGACCUUUGGAAACUCAGGGAGCAAAUAAUGCUGAUCACUGGGCUGCUGUCAGGGCAAACUGCAUUUUAAUUGCAGGGUCUAAAUGUCUUCUGAUGUAUCGCAAUUAUUCUCUUAACUAGUUCGUUUUCAUUACCUUGCAUUUUAUAAUGUUGUUUUUAAAUGUAAGCCGUCUUAAAUCCCAGCUUGAGAGAAAGGCAGAUUAUAAAUACUAUGCACAUAUUAGAGAGAAUAAAAUACAGAAGUGCAUCAUAUCGAGGGAAGUUGUUUUGCAAGAAAAGUGUGUAAAACAGGGGAAACUGCUUACAAAUCUGUGUACAUUAGGAUGCAUUUGCAUUGAAAGGCUGAGGAAUUUCCAUUAAGAGACACUUUGCAAACUGAUGCAGAAAUGUGGAGAAUUUAAGACUGGAAAAGAUGAAGAAAAGAGAGAAAGGGAAAGUGAUGGAUUUGCCCGUCCCUAGAUUUCGGUCUGAAGGUAGAAGACAUAGCUCAGUCGCAAAAUAGAUCAGUCUGUAGAGCAUGAGAUUCUUAAUCUCAGGGUUAUGGGUUUGAGCUCCAUGUUGAGUGAAAGAUUCUUUCAUUGCAGGAGGUUGAACUAGAUGACCCUCAUGGUCCCUUCCAUCUCUACUAUUCUAUGAUUUUAAAUCAGUGUAACACAAAAUGCCCAUGCAAGAUCUGCACUCCUCAUACAGUGGUACCUCGGGUUACAUAUGCUUCAGGUUACAUACGCUUCAGGUUACAGACUCCGCUAACCCAGAAAUAGUACAUUGGGUUAAGAACUUUGCUUCAGGAUGAGAACAGAAAUUGUCCUCCGGCAGUGCAAGGCCCCAUUAGCUAAAGUGGUGCUUCAGGUUAAGAACAGUUUCAGGUUAAGAACGGACCUCCGUAACGAAUUAAGUACUUAACACGAGGUACCACUGUACUUAGCAGAGUGGGCCUGCUGCCCCACGCAAGCCUCAGGGCUCUUAGACCUCUCUCUCUCCCUCCACUCCAAUGUUUCCCCCUCUAUUCCUCCAACCAGGGGAUGCUUUUCCUCCACAACAGCGUGAUAAGCUACCACGGCAACCUGAAGUCCUCCAACUGCGUGGUGGACAGUCGCUUCGUGCUGAAGAUCACGGACUACGGGCUGGAGAGUUUCCGUCAGGCGCCCGAGACGGAUGAUUCCCACGCGCUGUUUGCCAGUGAGGGAUACGGCUGGGAGGGGAGGGGAGGGGCCAGGUGUGGGGGGUUAGGGUUUCUGAAAUUCUUAUUUUUAUUAACAAAAUGUAGAUAUCACUUGAUUGUAAGUGUGGGGGGUGGGGCUGGGAGGGGAGAUCAAAGCGGUUUUUAAGAAGGAAACAUAAAAACAGGUAUUUUAAAAGCAUCUGGGAAAAUUAUCAAGCAAUAGCUAAACAAUUAACUUUUAAAAUCAUCAGUAAGCUAAGAAGAGAUUAAAAAUGCACAUUGGCAUUCUGUAAGCCUGGACAGGCCAACCCUAACAUUAAAAUGAUUUCAGACCCUCCCAGUCUCCCUAUUUUCCAGAGACAGUCCCAGAUUUACAGAAGCUGUCCUGGUUUCUGAUUUGAUCCUGGAAUGUCCCACUUUUCCUUAAGAUGUUCCUAUUUACAUCAGUGAAAUGUUGGAGGGUAUGGAGUUAUGUGACCUAUGAGCCAAGGAGACAAGUAACUGUACAACCUUUAGAAGACGUUUGAGGCACCCCUGUAUAGAGAAGUUUUUAAAUGUUUUAUCAUGUUUUUAUAUACUGUAUGUUGGAAGCUGCCCAGAGUGGCUGGGGCAACCCCGUCAGAUGGAUGGGAUAUUAAUAAUAAAAUUGUUUUGCUGUUGUUGUUGAAUAGGAAGUCCCUAUUUUCAUCAGAGAAAUGUUGGAGGGUGUGAGCUUUUAAGUAGGUACCAAAAUCAGUAAGGCAAAGAAGGCCCCUGCAUGAUGUCAAUAGGCAGAGUUCCAAAGUGCAGGUGGCGCCGCAGUAAAAGAUGGAUUUCUUACAAGUGUGUUGCCUGUAACAGAUCCACGUGGUCGAGUGGACACAUAUGGCAUAAGGUGAUCCUGCAAUUUGUAUGCAGUGUUACUAGCCCCUUGGAAACUGGUGCUUCAGUGGGUCUGUGCUGAGAAGGAUUUAGCCCAUAGCUUCUGAUGCUUGAAAAGCCGUGUGACCUUUUGUAACAGUCCUGGCUCAAAGGCCUGUGGCCUUUGGCCUCCCCAGGCCUACCAUGGGUCUCCUUCCAGGUCAAGAUGAUAGCGACUGACUCCCACUCCCUUGCCCUGCUUGACUCUGCUUCUUCCCACCCCCUUUCCCCCUAGAGAAACUCUGGACGGCCCCCGAACUCCUGCGCAUGGAGUCGAACCCAUUCCUGGGCACCCAGAAAGGCGACGUCUACAGCUUCGGGAUUAUCCUGCAGGAGAUUGCCCUGCGGAACAGCGUCUUCUACGUGGAAGGCAUGGAUCUGAGCCCCAAAGGUAAGAAAUUGGGUGAACGGAAAAUGCCAAUUUCUCCUCCAGGUCACUGCCAAGGUACAGGAAGCUCCAGAUGUCACUGGACUCCAAUUCCCAUCAGCCCUUGCAAGCAUGGCCAAUGUGUUGAUGGGAGCUGUUGUUCAGCAACCUCUGGAGGGCUGCAGGUUCCCCACACCUCUGACUUUUGGGAUCCAGCCACAUUCCUCCACAGCUUCCCCUGCGCAACUGGUAAAGAAGUUGUUUUACACACUUUUCCAGUGUAUUUGCUUCAUAAAAUGUCAAGGGUUGUUUCUUUCAAUCAAGCGAUAUAUACAUUAUAAAGAAAGAUGAAACAACAAAAUCACCAGUAAGAAAAUUUAGCCAUAAUUUGAGACUUUCAAGGGACACGGGUGGCGCUGUGGGUUAAACCACAGAGCCUAGGACUUGCCGAUCAGAAGGUCGGUGGUUCGAAUCCCCGUGAUGGGGUGAGCUCCCGUUGCUCGGUCCAAGCUCCUGCCAACCUAGCAGUUUGAAAGCACGUAGUACAAGUAGAUAAAUAGGUACCACUCUGGCGGGAAGGUAAACAGUGUUUCCGUGCGCUGCUCUGGUUCACCAGAAGCGGCUUAGUCAUGCUGGCCACAUGACUCGGAAGCUGUACGCCGGCUCCCUUGGCCAGUAAAGUGAGAUGAGCGCUGCAACCCCAGAGUCAUCCGCGACUGGACCUAAUGGUCAGGGGUCCCUUUACCUAAGACUUUCAAAAGUAAUAGUAGUAGUAAUCAGUGCUUUUUUUCUUAAAAAUGUUUAGGAGUACUCUCAUUUUGACUCAAGAAAAUCACCAUUUUAUAGCUUAAAUCAGGAAAAAUAAAUACAGUAAAUGGGCAAAAGUACAAAGAUCCACAAUAUGUUUAGGAGUAUGCAUAUCCCUGCAUCCCCCCCAGAAAAAAACACUGAUAAUAAUAAUGAUGAUGAUGAUGAUAAUUUGUACACUGCCCAUCUGACUUGGUUGCCCCAGCCGCCAGGGGCGUCUUCCAGCAUAUAUAAAAACACAGUAAAACAUUAAAUCUUAAAAUAACAAUAUGUGAAAGCUUGCAUCAAUUUUCUGAACAUCUGGGUAGGCUUGUCUAAACAAAAAUGUUUUCAGCAGGCAGUGAAGAGUGCAGUGAAGGGAGCCUGUCUGGUAACAAUAGGCAGGGAAUUCCAAAGUGCAGGUGCUGCCACAUUAAAAUGUCUCUUUCUUACCCAUGCACAUGUCCCCUGGCUAUAAUUUCUUUUCGGUCCCCCUCUCCCCUGCCCGUGUGCCGUUUUCAGAAAUUAUCGAGCGAGUAAAGAGCAGCGAGCGACCCCCCUUCCGCCCCUCGGUGAACUUGCCAUCCAACCUCGAGGAGGUGGUCUUACUGAUGCAGCGGUGCUGGGCUGAAGACCCCCAGGAACGCCCCGACUUCCACCACAUCAAAGGCAUGCUGCGGAAAUUUGACAGGUACGCGCCCUCACUGCAUCCCUCCCCACAAGCACCACCUGACAGGCGGCCGUCGGUACCUGUUUUCACCCCCAUGUGCACAGGCGCCUUUUCAGAAAGGAGCCAUGUGAUUAAAUUCAUCAUUCCACCCUGAUGAAAAGCGGGAAGGCGCUGCCCGAACAUCAGGCCAUUUACCUGGAAAUGUGAAGGGGGGGCUUAUGGCGGGAGUAUGCAGCAUGCGGCCCUUGACCUGAUUUCCUGCGGCCCUCAGCAAUCUCUGAGAACAGUGUUGUAAACAAAAAUUGCCCUUUUCCCUUAUGGGGUAUCCAAGAGCCCAUAUAGAGUCCUUACAUAGGUUCCCUAUUGGUAGGAGAGAAUAACAGAGGCCAACCAGAGAAUAUUGAGAAGCAAAGCAGCUAGUAAGCUUGAUCUUUAUUGAUCUGUUGCAACAGGGUGCUCCCCUCACCCGCAGGAGAGGAGGAGGAACCCCGAAGAAUGGUGUGCAAGGCCUUAUAAAGACUUUUGAAAUUGCCACCCGGUAGAUCAAGACCACCCCCAGAAACAUCAUACAUACAUCACAGAAGGGGUGUAACCUAAGACCACCCCUCAGAUACAUCACACCUACAUCACAGAAAAGGCGGUCUUAAAACAGAAAUUUGAAUGUUGUUUUUCUCCUGUCAUUGUUUAUCUCCUGUCUGGCAGGUUACUAGAUUGGAUUGCCUGUGGAGCCUGGGCAGUUUUUUGUAAUGAUAAAUAUUUAGUUCCUGGGCCAGGUCACAGGCUCACACCCUAUUCAUAUCUUAAAUGUGCCCUUAAGACAGGAUUUGUGAGGAAAGAGACAAUGGGGAGGUUUCCCGCUUUGAUCUUGUAGAGAAAACAUUUACUCAGUUUAGGAAUCAAAAUGGUUCCAGGUUGGUCUUCCUGUGCUGAUCUAUGUACGUGCUUGGUUGGUAGACUUAUGAACAUUACCAUAUAUCUAAGACCAUAAAAUUCCUAUCACAACAGUGAAGGGUUGUAGCUGAUGCUAGUACUACUCAGAGUGGACCCAUUGAAAUGAAGGCCCUUUAAUUUCUGUGGGCUUACGCUGAAUGGAAUUAGCAUUGGAUGCUACCCAAAAUGUCCCCCUCCUCCUUCCAGCAAGGGCCCGGGACCUCUAGGGCCAAAUGUGUCCUUCCAAUCCUCUAUAGCCCUCAGAACUGUCUGUAGGCCACACCCCCUCUCCCCAGACCACAUCUCCCGGCAUCCCUGCUCUGCUUAGCUGAAGGAUGGAGAGAGGUUUGGGGAUGUAUGUGUGGAAACCUCAGUUUUUCCCACUGACUGACCCAUUGGUCAGAAAACUGGGAGGCAGGAGUUGGUUUGCUUCUUAGGGUGUAGGAUCCUGCCUCCGCAAAACAGAGGCACUAGAAACUUUGGUUUGUGUUUUCUUCUAAAUGAAAGCUGGAAAUGCAGAGAAGGGCCCCCCCGGAAUAUCCUUGGCAGAGGUGGUGGCGGCCUAGAAUCUCGGUUGCUUUAAUCUUUGACUGUCUGUGUGGCAGGGGCAACAGCUGCAACCUCUUGGAUACGUUAUUGUCACGCAUGGAGCAGUACGCCAACAACCUGGAGGAGCUGGUGGAGGAGCGCACACAGGCCUACCUGGAGGAGAAGCGCAAGGCAGAGGCCCUGCUCUACCAGAUUCUGCCCCAGUAAGUCUGCCCCACACCAGUCCUCUACCAGUAUCUGUUAGCCAUGCUCCUUCUGUGGAGCAUCCAUGUUCAGAAGUGGUAUAAACAAGGGCCCAGCCAAUCAGCGCGCUGCACAGCCGAGCUGUUUCUUGCCUUCCCCAAGGGCCCAGCCAAUCAGCACACUGUGCAGCCUGGCUCCGUUCUUUGCCUACCACAAGGGCCCAGCCAAUCAGCGCUCUGCGUGGCCCAUCCAAUCAGCACUCCACACAGCCCAGCAAUUUAAAAAAUGUUGUGGGAGCAGGUUUCCUUCGUGACUGAUAACAAAGGCCAGCAAAACAGUCCGGUCUGUGCCCUAAACAAAAAUAACUCGUGUUCUGCGCAGGUCCCUGCUCUGAGCCCAAUCUGCAAAAGAAGGCCUGUAUAUGCAAUAGCUAUACAGUGGUGCCCCGCAAGACGAAUGCCUCGCAAGACGGAAAACCCGCUAGACGAAAGGGUUUUCCGUUUUCAAUGCGCUUCGCAGGACGAAUUUCCCUAUGGGCUUGCUUCGCAAGACGAAAAUGUCUUGCGAGUCUUGAGAUUUUUUUUCGCUUUUCCCCCCCUUUAUCUAAUCCGCUAAGCCUUUAAGCCUUUAAUAGCCGCUAAACCGCUAAUAGCGCUAAUCCGUUAAGCCGCUAAUAGGGUUGCUUCGCAAGACGGAAAAACCGCUAGACGAAGACACUCGCGGAACGGAUUAAUUUCGUCUUGCGAGGCACCACUGUACAGUGAGCCCCACUUCUCCAGUGGACACAAAAUGAAUCAGGUCUGCCUUCACUCCUAAUUGUGGCUAAUCAAUCGGUAUGUGGAAAUGCAGUGAUGUGCGUUACUUUCCCUCUGGUGCAGCUCAGUGGCGGAGCAGCUGAAACGCGGGGAGACGGUGCAAGCAGAGGCAUUUGACAGUGUCACCAUCUAUUUCAGCGACAUCGUGGGCUUCACUGCCCUGUCGGCAGAGAGCACCCCCAUGCAGGUAAAUGGGUUGGACCAAGGCAGUGGUUGCAGUUGCGGCGCCGAGAACAGGAGAAGGUGUUUCUAAUAGGGACAACAGUUCUUUUCCAAUCCUCAUUUUUCCAGUCUUCAAUUUUAUUCUCCCCAUUCCCACAUCAAUCUGCAUUUUUUUAAACAUAUACUGUAUUUUUCGCUUUAUAACACGCACCCAACCAUAACACGCACGUAGUUUUUAGAGGAGGAAAACAAGAAAAAAAAUAUUCUAAACGAAACAGUGGAUGUAUGAUUUUUGUGGUUCAUGCUGUGGCCACAGACAUGUGAUCUGACAGUGAGUUUGGAGUAGCCCAAUGCAAAAAUCCUGAGGAUCCAUGUGGAUCCAUGCUUUGUAACCACGUUUUAAGUGGGGAGGAAAGGAAAAGCACUCAAGGGACAAGGAGCACGCGUGGGGUGGGUGGAGAAGGAUGCUGCUAAUAAUGCAGGAGAGGGGUUUAAGGGGAGAAGGAAUACGCAUGGGGUGGGUGGAGAAGGAUGCUGCUAAUAAUGCAGGAGAGGGGUUUAAGGGGAGAAGGAACACGCCUGGGGUGGGUGGAGAAGGAUCCUGCUAAUAAUGCAGAAGAGGGGUAUAAGGGGAGAAGGCUCCUCUCCUCUCCCACUUUGCUCCUUUAAAGCAAGCAGGCUCUGCUUUUCUCCUUCCUCCCCGCUCAUCCCCGGCUUAGCGAGCUGAAAAACUUUGCUGCUAUUUAGCGAGCUGAGUGGGGAGGAGCGAGGGACAGAGAGCCUGCUUGCUUUAAAGGAGCCAACCGGACAGGAGCCGCUUUGCUCCUUUAAGGAAGCAGGCUCUCUUUCCUUCUCUCCUCCCCACUCAGCGGCUCUUCUCCCGCUUUGCUGUUUCAAAGCGAGCCACGGAGGAGGAAGGGGAACCAUGGAUCCUCUGCUCACGACUGCAGCAGAUCCCCCCCGCCACCCGUAGGCAUUCCCUCCAUAACACGCACAGACAUUUCCCCUUACUUUCUAGGAAGAAAAAAGUGUUAUGGUGCAAAAAAUACGGUAUAUAGAGAAAGAGAGUGAGAGAGGACUUUGCAUUUUCUUUUUCUUUUUUGUUUUGUUUUUCAUUUAGAAUAGUUUUUUUAUUGUAUUGUAUUAUGAAAAAGCUUCAAUAAAAUCUUAUAAUGACAGAAUAAAAAAUAAAAAGGGGCCUGCUACUACCUGCCAAGAGUAUGCCCCUUUAAGAAAUGUUGCCACCCAAUUUCAUCCCCCUCAAUUAAAUGUUUUUUCUUUUCUUUUCUUUUCUUUUCUUUUCUUUUCUUUUCUUUUCUUUUCUUUUCACACUAAGUUACUCAACACUCUGGCCAUAAGAGAGUGUAUGCCUUUUCGUACACAGUGCUUGCAAAAUUCAGAAGUGUGAGUGUGAAUCUCAAAGGAUGGCUGUGUUUCGGUUUGUGUACUGUUUCAGAAAGUGGGAGUUGGGUAGGUUCACCUCGAAGUGUGAACUGAAUUAAACUACCCCCCCAUCCCCGCAAUACCUAGUUAAUGGUAUCCUGUCAGGAACCCUGGGUUUCAAACUCUGAAACUGUUAGGCUGAGCUAAUGGCCUGCUCUUGGGCGUCUGUGCACAGAAGGGGAUACAACAUCAGCACUGGGGUUCCCCAGCAGUGUGGAGUGUCCGGACUGGGUAGGCAAGGGGUGGGAAACCUGAGGUCUGAGGGUGGCAUUUGCCCUUGGCCUAAUUUCAUGUGGGUGGGGGCAGCAUGCAGGGUGGGGACAGUGGGGAAGGGGUGGGGUGGGGUGAGAAACAGAUGCACCAGUCCAUUGGGUGAGGAAACAGGGAGGGAAGAGGGAUGGCAGAAAAGAGGGAAUGGGAUGGGGAGAGAGAAGAUCAUGGUAGUUUGAGAUGGGGGGUACUUUCUGCUGGAUGCGGCACUGAAUUGUUUUGGGGUUCCCCAAUUGUUUUGAGUUCCCCAUCCCUCAGCUAGGCCUUGUAUAAAUACUAGGAGCCUGGUCUCCUGCCCUCGCUUGAUCAACACAACAGGACCUCCUGCCUUUCUGCACUUUUGGCCCCAGCCUCAUCCCUCGGUUGGCAGAGAGGGAAUCAAUUAGGUAAUCAACGGCUACCGAGCCUUGCCCUCACAGGUGCUGCGGCAACUCAGGUAACCAGGACAACGGUGGUUAGCUCACGGAGGUAACAAGGGAAAGGACGGUGGGUGACCAAAACAGCAAAGCACUGGGAGGCACCAAUCACCGGGGAGACGAGCGUGUCACGGAGGUGACUGGGUUGAGCAGGAGGGGAACAAAUGUUCAGGUAAUCUGGGGUGACUGAAAAUUUCAGAAACGGAGAGGAACCGAAACGGACAGUCACCCAUCCCUAUUGAACACAUGUUCAAUCGCCGGCAUCCCUCAAAAAGAAUCCUGGGAACUGUUUGUUAAGAGGGCUUGGAAUUGUAGCUCUUGUUAGAUAAAUUCAGCUCCGGUCCUCCGAGCUGAUAUGGCUCAUCUUCACUUGAGCCCAGCAGAGUAUAAAACACCCAGAGUCCGCAACAGAAGGAUGAGGCAGGUAUGGCGACAUUGCUACGCUUUAUUACUAAGCUAUGCUGAGAGCAUACAAACAUACAUCUUGUCUCUGUGAGAAGCAGAGAGCAACUCCAACAAAGAAACGACAGUACAAGGAAACAGGAAACCAGUAAACGUCACAUCCCGUCUCCCUUUCCCGUGGGAAUCCAACAGUAUCUGGACUGUGGAAUGAAAACAUAGUCCUGUGACUACCAGCAGCUGCUCAGUGAGGGAAACAGAAACCAACAGCUCUUUGAGGAGUAAACUACAGUUCCCAGAAUUCUUAGAGGGAAGCCACAUCCUUUAAAGAUGUGGUGUGUCCAUAGCCACAGUAGCCAACCAGACUCCUGUGGGAAGGCCCCAAGCAGUGCAUGUAAAAUCAUACUUCAUUUGAAGCUGCAGAAUCGAGAAUCUUUUAUCCCACCACCCUCCGCCCUUAGCACAAUGUGGACCCAGCCCUGUCAUUAAGAUCAAUCCCCUUUUACUUCUCAUUCACAGGUUGUCGCUUUGCUCAACGACUUGUACACCUGCUUUGAUGCCAUCAUUGAUAACUUUGAUGUCUACAAGGUGAGAGGUUCUUGGCCUGGCCAGCUUGAGGUUGCGGGGCAGCAGCGGCGUGCAGUGAAAUUUUUCGUAGGGGAAUUGUUUGGGCUAGAGGCAUCAGCUUGUGAGGGAGAUUGCGGAGUGGGGACGGACGUUGUGAUGUCACUCAUGUGAGCAUCAUGCUUCCCUAAACCAGGCAGAAGCUUCCUGGGCCUUGGUAAGGAGGUGUUAGGCUUUUAUACUGUAACACUCUAAUUUGCUGGGAACAUCUAGGGGACUAGCCCACAUGCCACUGUGGGGCAGGGAGAGUGAUUGGGCAGGGAGGGGAUAAGCAAAUGGCUUUGGCCAUAAAGUCAACGGAUCAGGUGACUGACCUGCAAGAGGGGGCAUUUGAUCUGUGUUGAGUGCACAGAAAUGCUUCUCCCUUCCAUGAAUCUCUCUCCCUGCCACAUCUGCCCAGGUGGAGACCAUCGGCGAUGCGUACAUGGUUGUGUCGGGCCUCCCGGUGCGCAAUGGACGCCUGCAUGCCCGUGAGAUUUCCCGCAUGUCGCUGGCACUUCUUGAGACCGUCCGCAACUUCAAGAUCCGCCAUCGGCCGGACCAGCAGCUCAAACUGCGAAUUGGGAUCCACAGUGGUAAGAAAUGAGUGGGAGCGUGAAAAGAGGGACCCCUUUAAGACACCUUGGUCAUGGGCAGGACAGCCAUGCUUGCUUCAACGCUGAGAUGGCUUAGGCAAAAACAAACAAACCAUGGUUUGUUGUGACGUCUGAUGUAGUGCUGUGAUUUGAUAAGCCAUGGUUUCGAGAGCAGCCGGCAAAAAAACCACAAAAAACCGGGAUCUGAAGCUGGUUUGCAAACCACGGUUUAGGCAGUGUUUGGCUUUACAUUCAUACUUGGAGGUGUUGCUUCACCCUGAUCUUGGAAAUGUGUUCCUGGGAUUCUUUGGGAAGAGAGAUACAGGAAUUGCAAUGGAAUAUUUCCUUUUGCGUUUGUAACGAAAAUGAUACACAGUCGUACCUUGGUUGUCGAACGCCUUGGUACUCGUACAUUUUGGCUCCCAAACGCCGCAAACCCGAAAGUGAGUGUUCUGGUUUGCAAAUGUUUUUUGGAACCCAAACGUCUGACGUUGCUUCUGCGGCUACCGAUUGAGUGCAGCAGGAAGCUGCUGCAGCCAAUUGGAAGCCGCGCCUUAGUUUUUGAACGUUUUCGGAAGUCAAAUGGACUUCCAGAACGGAUUCCGUUUGAAAACCAAGGCACGACUGUAUGAGCGAAUCAAAGGCUGGCUCGGUUGUCAGUGGGCUGGUUAGGAUGUAGCACAGUUUGAUGAACCAUGGUUUGCGUAAUCUACAGUUCAGAUUUGCCUUCCACGUAUACAGUCAGAAGCAUGGUUCACAUGGUUUUGUCGUUAGGUCUGCACAAACUGAUUUCCAGGGCGGAGAGGGCCUGAUCCUGGCAAUUCAGGGAAAAGUGGUGGGAGCGGCUGAGGCUGACCCAUUUGGGUGAGGGGGCAGUGCCCCACCAGGCUCAGCCUGUCUCCACCUGCCUGCCUUUCUGCCUAACAGCCAGUCUAGGGGGCGGGGAGGGGCGGCCUUGACUGGCAGCUUCCUCUUCCUCAGUCUCAGUGUAGAACUCAGCAGGGAAGAAGAUGCCUGUCAUUGGCUCUGGUUCCUUCUGCUAUUGGGCUCUUCUGCCCCACCAGUCUUAAUGGGCACUAGCCAUCACUGGAUGGGAGCUGAAAAGCUCCACACUCACGUGUCUUCAUCCCACCCCAUCCCCAAUGACUGCUGUGUUUUGCUCCCCAAGGCCCUGUCUGUGCCGGAGUUGUGGGUCUGAAGAUGCCUCGCUACUGCCUCUUUGGGGACACAGUCAACACAGCCUCCCGCAUGGAGUCCAACGGGGAAGGUGAGGUGCUAUUUUGGGUGGGGUGAGCAGGGGCAGGCGACCUUUGAUGGCUUCACGGGCCAGAUCCUUUUCACCAUCUAGCCCCCGCCCCGUCACACAACUGGGUGUUCUGAAUUUGGAUUUUGAGAUACUGCGCGCAGCUUCCCACCUCACCUUAUUUCCCUCACCGAUACGCUGUCACAGUGAAACUUUGGAACUUACUCAUGCGGUGCUGGACGCCGACUGGGACGGCUUUAAAAGAGGCCCUCCCCACCUCACAUGUAUGCAAAGGUUUGGCUGAAACAGUGCAAACCCGCUAAUUUCUGUCUGCACCUUCCAGCUCUGAAGAUCCACUUGUCAGGAACCACCAAGUCCAUCCUGGAGGAGUUUGGGUGCUUUGAUCUGGAGCUCCGUGGGGAUGUGGAGAUGAAGGUGAGGAACUUGGCAAAGUUCUUCUGUUAACCUUUGCCUUUUCGUCUUUAAAGCUUGAGACCAGUCCGGGUACUCCAAUAUAGCCUAAACGGGCACCAGCCGCCACUGAGUGUAUCUAUGCGCCAGAUUUCUGUUCUUUGCCCUGGGGCGGCAGGUGGGGACAUCGUGGUGGGUUUGGUGUCUGAUGUCUGAACAGCCCUCCUGUCUCAUCUCUCCAGGGGAAGGGGAAACUCCGGACCUACUGGCUGUUGGGGGAGCGUGUGAGCAGUACACGGGGCUGA